UGGAUCUUUAGCUUCCCCCUGUUUCUCCACAAGGAAGGAUAAACGCAACUUUGGAAGAGGCCCGUUUGUGGAUUGCAGAAUUUGUGUGCCUCUCUGCUGCAGUAGCUCACUAUGAGUGCGCCUUCCUUUCUAUGUUCUGUGUAAUGAAGGGCAUUGGGGAAUCUUAGGAUCCAGCAAAGUUUUAUAGGAGUAUCCUGCUUUCUGACGUCUGCAGGUCCGCUAUUUUAGGUACGGAGAGUCUGGAUUUUUCUAUCCUGGUGCGCAUAUAGUUUGGCAAAGGGUACUGUUGGCACAGGUGCUAAAUGGUGCUGGGACCAGAGGUUUGUGGUACUCGCAGAUAAAAAAAAUGGGAAGACCCAGCUGUGGUUGGCAUAGAGCUAGCCGGGGCCUUUUCUCUGCCUUGCCGUUUUGCAACGCUAUGAUCCUACACCCUUUGCAUUUCCGUAGGAUGGAAGCAACUCCACUCUGAGGCGUUUGGGGAGAGGUGCAUACUAUCUCUCGAUAUGUGGCCCCCUUGCCAGAAAGGUUGGCCACCUCUGUCUGAGGUAUACCUACAAAGUUAAGUUGCUUUAGUAACAGGCCCUGUCAUGGCCGACCCCACCAUUAAGCACCAUUGUGCAGGAUUGGUUCUGUGGGAGAAGAGUGUGAGGCAUCCAGGAAUGAAACUGUCAGAGAAGGAGGCCACAAAUGCACACCACCUUGGUACCAAUUUAAACAGCCAUGACUUCCCCUCCCCCCACAAAUCCUGGGAACUGUAGCUUGUCACAGGUGCCGAGGGUUGUUAGGAAACACCCUAUUCCCCUCACAGAGCUACAAUUCCCAGAGCGGUUUAACAAUUAAUCCCUCUUCAGGAGGAAAUCUGGGAAUUGUAGUUCUGUGAGGGGAACGGCUCUCAGCACAAAUGACAACUCCCAGAAUUCUUUGGGGGAAGCCAUUGCUGUUUACAGUAGUGUCUUAGUUGGGUGAAAGUGCGGCCUGAGUUUUAUUGAGGCUCAACUCCAUGUGAACAGUGCCUGUGUUUAAAUCUAGGCCCGAUUUAGUCACACUUGAAAUGGGGGAGCGGGGGCUGGUUUUCUGAGGCAUGAGGUCUGGGGAGGGGGGGCGUUUCAAAGCUGUUGAGAAACCUUCUACCUCAGGAAUGCAUCUUCCCUUCUCACAGUCUCUUUCCUGAAGUCACUUCUCCCCACUUCUGGGCAACAACCAUGGAAGUAAGCUCAGGAGAGAGAAAAGUGUCUGUGGCGAGAUGCUAUGAGGAGAUAUGUGGCAGAUUGGGGGCGGGUAAGGAUUCAGCUCCCCUCGUCCACAUAUCGCUUUGCUCUAGAAAAUGGCUGCACCCCUGCUUUAUACAUGAUUGGGACAGACCACUGUUUAAACCAUUUUUGUCUUGAGUCAUUUGAGCCUGGUGGAGAGUGGUCUGAGUUAAAAAAAAAAAAAGCACCAAGGAAAACCCCCAAACCAUAACACAGAGCUAAGGUGAGGCAAACUAGGAAGAGACCACACAGUCUCGUAAGACGCAGGCUCUGUUCUGCGGGGGAAAGAAGGUGGCACCUUUAAUGUUUUGCCUAGCUUAAAAACAGAUUAUAUAUUUGUUCCCAGAUGGUUAAAGGUUGCUGGAGAGAACCACUGUUUUCUCUGGUUAUGGAGAUUCGCUUUUCCUGUGCUAUUAGCAUAUCCAAUCAAACAGGUUGUGCAGGUUUUUGGAAAACCUUUCAAAGUCUGUUUGACUGGAGAUGACAGUGAGGCAAAAUAAAUGUGAGUGUGUGUGUCCGACUGAGGUAAAGAUACUUUUUAAUAACGCUUUUAAAAACGUCUGCUUCCAGUGGGCCCUACUGAGAAUUCAAUGAAAUCUCAUUUCUUUGUGUGCAAGUUGUGCAGUAUUUGUGCAUACAUUGCUGUUCCUUUGAUAUGUGCCCGUGAGAGUGGUGUUGUCAUCCCAGGCCUUUUCUGACACUCUGUUCUCUCCUCAGGUUCUGGACUGGACUGGAGUGAAUGUACUACAGCUGCCACUUCUGCCUGAAAGGUCAGUAGUUCUGCAAAGUUUGUUUCUGGGGCGUGUGAGCAGGGGGGGGGGAGGCUAUUGACUCCCCACCCGUAAAGAAAAAUCAACGAGAAAAAGUCACUAAAAACCACGUUUGGAACUCUCUCAUUGUAUUAGUGACAGAUGCAGCGGCAGAACUACGUGUUCCAUGCACAGGCCUUUAUCAAAAGAUGGCUGCUUUUCUUGGGCAAAAGCAGCACUGGGGAGGGGGUGGUUUCGAGCAGAGAAGCAGCUGAGUGUGCCUUAUGUGCCGAAUCCUUUCUCUCGGCUGCUACUUCUCCACUCCAAAUUGCUCCGCUCCAAGCCAGCCCUGUGCACCUCCGGUGCCAAAAACGUGCAUGCUCUCUGCAGGGGCUGAGGGUGUGUGUGUGAUUUGGAGCCACAGGCAGGGAAGGGAUUAAGCACACCCCUGCCACUUCUCUGCUCAAAAAUUGCCAUCCAAACAGUUAGUUGUCAGACUCUUGUUACCCACGUAUGCAUGCAGUGUGAAGCUACGCUGUAAAUAUCACUAAUGCAGGGUAGAAUACGGAAGGAAAAGCACGUGUGGCCAACGUAGGCUUUUCUUCAAGGUAUGCACCAAUUUGAGCGUAAGCUGGUUCCAGGGUCUUUCUUUCUCCCUUGGGAACUGUACUGUGAGGGGAACUAGGAAAUUCCAAGGAAGAACUGCCAACCCCAUCACCAUAUCACAAUUCCCAGGAUUCUGUGGGAGUAGCCAUAACAAAGGGACUUUUUCAAAACCAAAAUUUGUAGUGUAGAUACACCGGACAUUUUAUGUAUGGAAAUAUCACUGGAGUGUGAAUGAAGGAGGCCAUCCUACUGAAAUAAAUACAGAGGCAGGUGCUCCAACUUUCUGAGGCUAACCCUGACCCCAAAAGCCUAACUGGAUGAUCAGCGAUUGGAUUUCCUGACAUAAUUUUCUUCUUCUAAGAGCAGCCACUUGGGGGUCUUGAUUCAGUGUAGAACUACAGGAGUAUGGCCCUUUAACCCUUUCUCCUUGCACUUCUACCCAGAUUCAAAUUGCAUUCCUGCCCCUGCCCCUACCCCUAUCCCAAGAGUAGCUAUUAGCCAUGUAGGAGGUAUAAUAUAGGUACUUUCCUGCCCCCCCCCCUGCAGCUAAUAGCAGUAGGUGUGUGCAUGAGGUUUUCAUUGGUGAAAUCAGCACCUGGCAUGCAGAGGGUUAAUUCCCUUUCCGUUGUUCUGCAGCCCCAACUGACUUUUCCCACAGCUGCUACUUACCUGGAAAGGAAAAAGGUGCUGAGAGAUGCAUUAAUGCCACUCCAAUAUCAUGUCUAGUUGGGGUCUAAACUAUUAGCAAGAUAAGCAGACAGAGGUAUUUUGCUUUUAGGAUAGGGAUAGCUUCAGCACCCAGAUUUCUAAAUUUUCUGAGGGAAAUUAAUGCUUUGAUUUUAGGGCACACAGCUAGGAAACCAAAAUAACCAAAAUAUGUAUGGGUGGGCAAGCCUUGACUAAGUGCCUUGUGGGUAGACUCUGUCCUUGCUGCUCACCGACUGUUCGUGUGACCCUUAGAGGAAUCCCACUGUCUCUUUUUUGAUUCCAUCUCACUUUCUGGGCAAGCUGAUGGGCAGGGAUGGUUCAUGGGCAUCACUGUGAGUUCUGGCUGAAGAUGGGGACAUGCUUAGUGACAUCUGGCAGUCUUGCCUGCAUUCUUCCAAGGGAUCUUAACCUGUGUCCUGUGUCAGGAACAGAGCAUAUUGUAGGUGGCAGGACCGUUAUAUUAUUUUAAGCACAUACAAUGAAGUCUGGAGAAGUCUUGGCUAUUUGAUUGGCCAGGCAUGUGAAAUUUUGAUGCUGUCGGUAUCUAUCUGUGGGUGCCUUGGCUGGCACUGGAGAAGUUGCUAUGUCUGUAAAAUGGGAAUUAUAAUACUUAACCUUGCAGGGUUAUGAACUUGGGAAGAUGAAAGAGCUAAAGGGGUAGGGUCCAAAUAUAUGCAUGCAGGAGAUGGACCCCACACACAGGUAGUGUUUUACUUGCUGUUUUUGCUGACAAUGGGAGAAGCCUCUUUUAAAAAAGUGAACAGUGGCUUGAUAUUUCACUGGUGAGAGCUGCUGCAGUGCUGGCAUUUCCCCUCUUCCUGAACAUACCUGCCCCUUCUUCGCUUGCUGGCCAGAAACUGUAAGGAACAUAAGUGCCAAAUACAUCAUCAUACAAAAAAAAUACUGCUAUGUUUGAUUCUGUGACAUGGGAUUUUAUUCAUACAUUUUCACUAUUGCCUGCUGCUAAUAGUUCAAGUUAGAGGAGCAGGGAUCAAGAACAGAUCUUUGUACAAUCAGGCCAAAUGUCUACAUUUUCUACAAAGUGGCAAGGAAAAUGGAUUUGGCCUCUGUUUUCUUCCAAUCCAGGGCUGGAGGGACUAGGUGAAGCAUACCUAUGAAUGUGAUUCUGGUGUGCAUGUUGUCUUUUCUUCUUAACAAGGCCCACUGAAUCCACAAUACUGUACUUUGAAAUAAGUGACAGUCUCCGAUUACUUAUUUUUCAGGGUGGGUUGAAAUUGGCUUUAUUGUUUCGUUGAACAUUUUUUUAAUGUGUAAAGCAUCAAACCGUACAAUUUCUGAUGAUGUUAAAAGGCACAGGUUACUGCAGUGGAAUUUCGGUGGAAAAAUUCAGGAUGACACCUUUCCCCAAAAGUCAUAAAGGAUCACUCUAAAAAAACCAAGCUGAUCUCAUUGCCCAUGUGUGGGAUAAAGCAAAGUUGAACAUGGAGGCCCGGCCCCCUAUUGAUGAAGGCUUACCCCAAAUAUUUUCUCUUCCAUGUCUGACGUGAGAAAACUCCUCUGUAUAUUUACUAGUUUCCCACUACAGCAAUCUUUUUGCAAAUAUCACAUCCACUUUCCUACCUUCCCUUUUUUAGGAACUGGGGAAUGAGGGUAAAACGCUUUGCAGGUAUCUCCCUAUCCCGUAAAAGAAGAUAGAAUGGAAGACAGCCAAAGAAUGAUGGCCCCCCCCAUUCAUUGACGAUAUCCCAGCGAGAGUUCCGCAGCAACAAAGAAAUCCCAUCUUCCAUUCUUUUUGUUCCUUUUAUUUCCUCUUUUAAUUGUAUGUUACUUUCUGUAGGAGGAGAACUAUUUCUGAUUAAAUCUCAAUCUCUCUUUCUCUCUCUUUAAAUUAUCACCUCCUCCAAACCUCUUUCUAGAUUUCCCCACUAUUGCCUCCAAAUUAGCAAAUUGCAUUUUAAAAAGAUAAAAUGAACCAACCAAAUCUUAAUAAGAUUUGGAAUGAAAAACUGGAAAAGAGUGUUCAUUCCAGAUUUCUUGGUAAUUUUUCAGAGGGUCCAUUAAUUGCUCUAUUAGAUCACUUAUUGAAUUUUUCUUCCAAAUCUUUAUUUCUUUUGUAUUGAGCUUGUAAGCCACGGCAUCAUAGUCCUUUAGAUCCUUCCAUUUCUUUGAAGGUAGGCCCAGGUUGUAGUGAGGAUGCUAAGUUGUACAGGAGGAAAGGCUGAAAUUGCACAUCUUUUUACAAUAAACAUUUAAAUGGUAAACAAAUAUGAUACGGUAGGGGUAUAAAGAGAUUUCUUGUUUCCCAGUUUUUAAUUCUAAAUGAAGACAGGAAGUAUCUUAAUACAUGCAAAAGACAUACUGUAUCUAACUCUAGAACUGCAAAGUAACAUCUUGUACAUUGCAGGAUAGCAAUAAUGUUUUCUAAAUAAUAUUUAAUAGAGAAUGGCUUCUCUCUCUCUCUCUCUCUCUUAUUUCAAUUAACCUUUUGUACACGUAAUCUGCAUGGUUGAAGUGACCAAAGAGUGUGUAUGCAUGUUUAGUGAUGAUUCUUAUCCAUCUAAGUUGUUGGUGCUACUUGCUCUGGAUUAAUCAGUUCACAGAAAAAGGAUAUACAAGUUUAACCAAUCCAGCAAGAAGUAUCCAUACAUAAUGCAGGUUCAUCUUCUGGAUCAGGAUCUGUUUACGCUGCAAAAUUGCUACAUGAGCAGAUCUUUUGUUUGGAUGCCAGCACCCAGCUAUACAUACAGUUCCAGAUAUUGGAUUGGGAAUCAUGCAUGCAGUUCCCAGCGCUUCAUUGCUGAUUGGAUCCGCAUUAGCACUGUGUGGUGUGGAUAGGAUAUUCCUUCCCAUCCAUCUUGUGUGAUGCAGAUGGAAAUGCAGAAUGCCCACCCCUUACUUGGAGUCUGCACGUAGUUAUUACCUGCAUGCUAAUUAAUUGCGUGCCAUUAUAUUUGAAGUUUGAAUGCACAAAUAACAAUGUAAAAGCUGGAUUAUUUAAGAAAAAGCAAACAGGUGUAUGCACACAUCUAUAUGAUCUGUCUACAGAGAGAAAUUAAGGCCCACAUCCAUAGAACGGCACAACUGGAUCCUCUUACCCAAGGAAGUUUGGCAUGCUAGAAAGAAGUCAUUUUUGAAACUAAAUAGUUCGUAAUAUGACACGGAGGAGAAAAUUUUGCUGUUUCAAGAAAUAAAUACUGUAGUCCAGAAUCCAAGCAGGGACCCACCCACAAGCCAUUGAGCUCAACUCUUCGGAUGCUGGCUUAUAGGGAUAAAACCUUCCUCUGUUUACUCAUUAUUCCAUACACUUUUCUGUUCCACGUCUCCUUGUUUAAACCUCUUACUCCAAGCAUCAGUUCUGUUGUAGAAAGGUGGAAACAAUGGAAACAAUAAAUAAACAAAACAAUAAAUACUUUUGCCAGCAAUUAAAUUUGAGAUUAGCGAUGUAUUUAGGAUGAAUAUUUUUUAUUUCCACCCCAUCCAAUUCCCAUCGGUUUAGAGUAGUUACAAUAUAAAAAUAAAUCACAUUGAAACAAUCCUUCUAAUGCCCAGUAGAGUAGAUACUGGUGCAGAAAGGGUGGAGACUGGAAAUGGCAUAUCCAUGCUGCACAUUUUAAAAGAGCAGUGUGUUUCUUUUAGUUUGUUUGGGAUGAAAUAGAAGAGGGGGCAAUACCUCAUUGGACCAGCAGUUAUAAGGGCAUUUUCGCAGGUGCUGCUAAGAACUCCCUUUCAUCUACAAAGCAAUACUUUUAAGCGUUGUUAAAUGCAGAUUAGAACGUGGAAAGGAGUAAUUUUCAAGGUAGCCUGUUCAGGAUUUACAUUUGGUGGGCAAUUCCAAUGCAGGCAGCUCUCCUGGAAACGAACCAAGUCCUCCUGUUAGGUGACUGCCUUGUUUCUUUGGAUGGGUGGAUUUGUGAUUAACUCAGCUCCUCUUUCCUACGGUGGUUUAUUAUUAGCAUCUACAGACCUUCCUUUUCCCUUUGAAGGCUGAAAUGGGGUGCACAUGUACCCUCUUCCCAGCUUCACUCCAGAAAGAGAAUUUCUUCAGGUGAGAUCAAACACUAUCCAAAAACAGCCAUCAUCCCCAGUUUGGCUUUUGUUAUUAUUUUGGAAAAUGUCUACUGUAAUAGUCUUGGUUGGUUGGUUCGUUUGUGUGUGUGUGUAUGUGUGUAUGUGUACAUUCCAUCUUCUGUGACCUAGAGACAGGGAGAAAAGGAGAGAGAGAGAGAGAGAACAUAUUAACACCCCCACUUUAAGGCUAGCGGCAGUUAAUUUCUGACCUCAGCACUGUGGUACUGAAUCAAAUAAUUGCACUCUUUCUAUCCCACCAACUCUUAUUUUUUCCUCUUCUUUCUCUCUCUCCCCCCUCUCUCUCCUUCCCUCUCUACCCCAUGCAUAUUCAUCUAUUUGCCCCUCCAUCAAUCUGAUAUCUAUCUAUAUUACACCAUAUAUACCCCUCUCCUCUCUCCUUCUGCCUCUCACUAAUAUAUUUCCAUCCCAUUCUCUGUCCAUCCCUUUCUCCGUCUCUCUCUCCCCCUCCCUUUCAUAUAUUGUCUGUCUGUCUAUCUUCCACUCCGCGCUCUCUCCCCACACAUUUCUAUCUUUGCAUCCAUCCUCUAUCUACUUUCUCUCCAUGUUUCCAGGGCUGUUGGAAAAAAAAAAGGGGGGGGAAUCAAAUGAUACAUGAAAAGAGAGUUCAAUGGGACACAGAUAAUGGUAUCUGCUGUUGAUCUCCUUUUGGACCACUUGUUUGAAAUGCAGUUGAACAGGACUUGCAAGAUCAUAAUAGAGUAAUAAGGGAUAUGUGCAUGGUGGUGGGGAGAAGAAUCCAACUGCACCCAGAGAGUAAAUGGGAAAAAAGAAAUAUCCUGCGAUAUUGGGGCAGGACUCAAGUUUUGGGGUUUGGCUGGCUCUAGCUGUGACUCACAGCUCAUCCACACAACAGUUUCUCCAAGGGCUGAUUUGAUGCAGAAACACCAAACUGGAAGUAUGGCGGAUGGGGUUCAGUGAGGGUUAGUAGUAGCAGGAGAAAGAGGUACCAACUAGCCUGUAGCAUCCCUCCACUCCAGAGGGUUGAAGUCGCUUCGGAAAAGCGGUCCUCUAGUUAGACAGGUCUGGCAGGGCUUUCCCCCCAGCCUUGUUGCAAAAUCCUACCAAACCCCUUUGGAGCGUGGCAGCAGGGUGGGUGCAGGAGAAAUUUGUGUGUCGAUGACAGGCGACGAAGCCUUUAGCGAUCCAUGUUGGUGAACUCCCUUUUGAAACUAUUGUCUGUCUCAAAUCUUGCCAUCCUGCCAGUUCCGAGGAAGCAGCGCUGGCUGGGGUUGAGACCCCAACUGCAGCUUACACAGACCUGACACUGUUGGGGGAAGGCAGUUGGGGGAAAAUAAGGAAACCAACAUCGUCUAGAGAAGCAACAUCUGAAUGCAUGUGCAUUUUUAAAAAAAUGUGCCAAUUCCUUCAAUGGGUGAUAAAGCCUGGGUGGGGAGAGAAGCACGGUGUGAUCCUGAGCCAGGAACCAAAGUGAUCACAGAAGAGGUCGCUUUCUCACACACGUCCCUCCCCAAAGCCUUAUAGAGAGAGACUAGGGGAUGAACGGACAGGUGCCUCUGCUUUCCCCCUUGAAGGAAAGUAAAAGAAAGUGAGUCUCCUGGAGAGAAGUCAAAGAGUUAUUACAGAAACUCUCUUGGCCUCAUUAUAUAUCCCAUGGGCUAUUUUUUGGGGGUGGGGAAGGUCACCCCUUUAUUAUUACAGUGCCUAGUAGUAAUUAUCUGUGUAAAUCUCUCUUCUUCUAAUAAUAAACCUGGAAGGGGCUGUGAGCGCUGAGUGCCUGGUUUGGGGCCACACACACACACACACACACAUUAAUUUAAAUAAGGGGAUGGAGGAGCCUUAUGAAGCUGAUUAAGGGGUUUAUUUUUAGCCCUGAAAAAAGAGGGAUAGUAGAAGUGUCAGGUGUAGGGUGUGUGUUAAUUUUUUUUUUUUAGAAAGAAGGCAAGCGAAGGAAGAUUAUUUGCUUGAGGGGGGGUGUCAAUAAUUCAUCCAUACUCUCUUUCCCCUCCCCCCCUUUCAACACCCACACUAAGCUUGUACCUAAGGAAUAAUUGCUUUUGUCUGGGUGGACUGUAUUUGUGCAAAGAGUGAAGAAGGAAGGGGGGGGAGAUGUUGGUAGCGGAGCCCCCCGCGGGGGGGAUUGCGAGGGACGGCAAGUCGCUGGCUCGGAUGUCAUUUGUCAAAGCGGGGUGGUUGGAAGGAGAGAGGGGAGGUAGAAGCAAGGGGGGGGGGAGAUAACGGGGAAGACAAUAAAGUGGGAAUCGUAGGCUGUGUGUGUGUGUGUGUGAUGGAAAAGGGGGGCGAGGUGAAGUGGGGGGGAGAGAAAGAUUCGGACGGAGCUAAGGGACCCCCGUUGAUCUAGUGAAAAGGGGCAACACACACACACACAGGCACUGUCGGGGGGGCACGCAGUGUUUUACACACACACACACACUUGCACGCACUCGCACCCCCUUUUCCUUUUCUGCAAAAGCCUUAAAACGAUGCACACUGUCCGGCUGUAGUGCCCAAACCUCACACGUCCUUGCAGCACGGACAAACACACACGCACUUGCCCGUGCACACACCCAUGCACGCACGUGUGUAAGUGCAGAAAGCGGAGCAGUGUGUGUCGAGGGGGGGGGAGAGAGAGAGAGAAGAGAGAGAUUUCCACUCCCCCCCCCACCCUGGGUUGAUUGUCAUCCUCGGUCGAUCGUCACCUGUCCAGCGUGUGUGUGUAUGUGUCCCCCCCCCCACUUCGCCCGCCUGCCACCCCUUUCUCUCCACUCACCCACCCACCCUUUUAUAUAUAUAUUUAUAUUUUUUUCCCUCCGUGGGGUUAUGCGGAGUGUCACUCACAGGUCCCCGACAUGUUCAUCCCACUGCCGGUCCCCUUGGUCUUCCAAAGAUCCGCCGGCCCGGAGAACGGAUGGCGCCUCAAGUCGCCGCUCGCCCUGCGCUCUGCAAACGGUAAGAAGAAGGGGGUGUAGGGGGCGGAAAGAGAAAGAAAGCAGCCGGCAAGUCAGCAAGGAACAUAAUGGGGAAAAGGAAGGGAAAGGGGAAAAGAAAAAGACGAGAGAGAGAGAGAAUGAGAGAGAUGCCACCAACUCUUGCAGGCGAGAAGAGAGAGAGAGAGAAAGAGGGGGAAAGGAGGGGAGAAAAAGGGGAAAGAGGGAGAGGAAGAAAGCGGAGAUGGGCGAGCGGGGUUUUUAUUCAUGCGGUAUUGAUCCGGAGUGUCACUGCUCCGUAUCGAACCUCCGGCGCCGGCAUCCUGCGGUCGAUAGACGGAGGGGGUGGGGGUCGGUGGGGGUGGGUGGUAAGCAGGGAAAAGAAGCCAAAGGCAGCCGCCGAAACCAACAGCACGCAGACGCCGGUGGAAGAAGACUGGGCAAAAAAGAGAAAAAAGAAAGGGGGAGAAAAAGAAAAGAAAAGAGAGAUCCCCCCCACACUUUCACUUUUGCUGGCUGGGGGGGGGGGACCGGUGAAGCCUUUGCUCCCACCCCAACCAUCAAGUUAUUUUUAUUAUAUUGCUAUUAUUUCCCUAUGAGGUUCUUCCUCUGUUCGGUAUAUGGGAAACACCAAGUAAGGUUUAGGGCUAGGCAGGUGGUGGGCUGGUGGGGGAGGAUUUUUCUAGCCCAGAGAGAAUUAGGGGGUGGGGGUGGGCAGAAAGCACCUGUGAGAUCCAGUCUGGGAAGGUGCCCCCAAAUAACCCCACCUGCCUCUUCUCCAAUGCCAGCCAGUUCUGUCAAAUUGUUCGCAGCCUCCCAUAAGUACCCCUUUUCAUCAAUUGUCCCCCAAGAAUAUCCUGUUCGAGUUUCAGGUGCAACCCCGAUAAAUGGUUACUCUAGUGCAAUCAUGCCAAACACCCCACCAAUAUUUUCUGGUUUUAUGCUUCAGAUCCUCCCUCCAAAUCUUACCCACAUCUAGUCAAAUGCUUCUAACAAUAAGCUCCUGUUGAAGUUUGACUAGUUCCCCCCACCCCAUGUCUGCUUAUGCCCACCCUCCUCCACCCACCAAUUCUGCGAGUUAAAUUCUGGAAUUGUGAAUAGUUCAGAUUCUCUGUCUUCCUUGAGAUGGGGUGCUUCAGAUGGGAAAUGAAACAGGACCGUUGCCUUGUGUUUAAGGGGGAUUUAUGUCCCCCCUAACACCCCACAGCAUUUGGGGUCUGUUUUGUGGCUCACUGCUCCCCUCUUCCGAUUUUAGACAUUUCCUCUGUAUUCUAGUUACUGUUUGUUGUCAGCGUAAGAUGUAUAGCUCCUCUGGCCCCCCUGUGUCAAGCUAUUUCAUUCUGCUAUGCUCCCCCCCAUCUACACACCUCACUAUUAUGUCUGGGCGCAUCUUAAAAAUAGACUUUUGGAUUGCACCUCUCGACCAUUAGACUAUGGACGGUGAACUCAAAUGAUAAGUGGGGAUGUGUUCCUUUGAAGUGGUGGGCCUUCAGAACAGGGGAGAGGGGGGUGCAUGGUGGUCUAGUAGUUAGAGAAGGGAGGUAGGGGAGGGCUGUCUUCAGAGCUGGGGCUCCCGAGGUCUAUGAAGGGCUUUUCUAGGUGACCUUGGGGAAAAAUUCUCUUCUGCCUCCUAAAAUUAUGAGGCAGUGGAUUAUAUGGAAUGUGCUGGGUAAGAAUCUGGGUAAGAACUGGGACAGCGGUGAUAUUUUUGGGGUGGGAUGUGGAUGCUUAUUAAUGAACAAAUUAGCAAUAACCGCUGACUGGUAGAUCUCCUUCUUCCCCUUCCCCUCCCGCUCCCCACCUCAUGGGAGAGAACCCAGGCGUCCUGAUGACUGAUUUCCCCUACUCUAACCAACUAUACUCUGGGAGAGCUUCCUUUCCUUGGUAGACCUGACAGCUGGAGAUUUAGGAGUAUCAGGGAUAGAGAAGGAUCAGGGCAUGAAGAGAAAUGUGGGCAUUGGUGCAUUAGUGGGUAGGGAGAGAAGCAACCCCUGAGAAAGGGUAAAGGCAAGAACGGGGCGACCCAAAGGGAGGGGGGGAACGACAGGAGGCAGUUUUAUAAUCUGUUCCUGACACGUUCUAUGGCUGGCGGGUGGGUGGUGGGGGUUCAGAGAAGUGGCUUUGCAGAGCUGGCCCUGCAUGCACACCCCUCCCCCCCUGCUCUGCUGCAGCCAGCGCGGUGUGGAAAUUGUAUUGGUGUCAAGCCCAGUCCGUGCUAAUGAACCCGGAGAUCUGGGAAGCGAAGCUUGUUCAGAGGCAGAAAUCGAUUUUCCAGCCUGUAGUAACUGCCCCCACCUCCACCCUCUCAUGCUCCUUCCUUCCCUCUCUUUCUCUCUCUCUCUCUCUGGUCAGAGAAGUCAGUGUGUUUGGUGUGUGUCCAUCCUUCCAUCCUUGGCGCCUUCCCCAUCUAGGUCUGGAUGUGGGGUGUCGUGGGAUGGCACAAAGCCAGCCAAAGUUCUUUUCGUGGUGGGUGUGGAACCUGGAUGGCUGUGCACGAGGGGGAAAUGCGCAUUGUGGACCUUGUCUUGGCAUGUUACAUUUGUGUUGUGCACUGGCAAAAUAAUCAUAAAAUAAAACUCCAUGGGGCAGCCAUCAAGGUUUUAGGUACUAAGAUCAAUUCGGGGGAACUUAACGUUAUUGGAAAUCAGUUUUCCUUUUCUUUUCUGGGCCUGAUAAUAUAUACUUGGUCAGCUGAGUGGGAGGCAGAGGCCCAGAUGGUUGGACAAGCGUCCCGUGGCUGUAGGAUAGUUACACCAUGCCCUCCUGCAUGCAAUGUGUGAGUGUGUUUUUUUGCAGGAGUGUUUGCCACUGGUAUCUCUACACAAGGUUGUGCCUCCUUAGUGUCUUGUGGUCUGUUUACAGUGACACGUACAUCCAGUUCAUGUUUUUGCCUGUGAUUUAGGCUGUGAUCUAGGCUGCUUUUGCAUUUUUAGAAUUACCUUGCUCCAUGUCAAAUAAAAAAACCAAUGGUAGAUAGAACAUGCAUUUCAAAUUGUGAUGUCUCUAUUCAAAAAAAAAAUACAUUUUGAAAAAGAUUUUUUAUAAAGGUUUAGGAACAUGCCUUUUUAGUGUGUUGCUUCUAGUUUUUAAUGUUGUCUUUGGAAACUUUAAAGAUCCAUGUAGGUAAUACCUUCAUUUCACCAGUUUUGGUGAUAGCACAAGGUUGCAAGCUUUUGAGCUAGUCAGAGCUGUUCUUCAGACAGUAGGCACCAGUCUUUGUAAUAUUAAGUGCCAGAAAGAUGAGAAAGAAUUUGGCAGUGAUGAAGGUUGCUAUGGUUUUAUUUAAACUCCCCAGAUGUGAUAUCCAGUGUUUGUCAUACACAGAGUAGACCCAGUGAAAUCAGUGGACUUAAGUAUAUUAGACGAGUCUUUCUGGAUCAGACCAAAGACCCAAAUAAACCAUUACCCUGUUCGCAUGGUAGCCAGCCAGAAGCCUAUGGGAAGCCUGCAAGCCCAACAGCACUUUUUUCAACUAUGCUCCCCAGCAACUGGUAUUCAGAGGCAUACCACUUCUGAUUCUGGUUGUAGUACACAGCCACCGUGACUAGUAGCCAUUGAUAGCCUUAUUCUCCAUGAAUUCAUCUAAACUUUUUUUAAAAGCCAUGCAAGUUGGCUGUUACACUAGGAAACUCCAUCGUUGAACCAUGUGAAUAAAUGUGAAGAAAUAUUUCCUUUUGUCUGUCCUGAAUGCCAAGUCCAAUCAUUUCAAUCAUUUCUGCUUUGACUAUGACUUGGAUAUCACCCAGCGCAGGAUGGCAGAAUUCGGAAAGGCACUGUAACUCAAUAGGCAAGCCACCCCCAAGCUGACCCUGAGCCUCCACAGUGUAUUUCGGAUUCCGUUUCAGACUUGAGCAUCCAUUCCUAUUGAUGGCUUUUGGGAUUUGUUUCAAACCCAUGGAGAACUUCAGCUUUGAAUCUUUCAUUUGGCUAAACUUUGAUUCGGGCUACAUUGCUUUGGUAGCUGGGAGCUCGUUUAGUUUGCUUUGUGGGCUGAUUAAAAUCAAAGCAGGCACCUGUCAAAAAAUCUGAGCACAAGUUAUAUACUGAAUUCCCAUAUACCCAGUUGACACUGGCAAGUAAUACAUUUGCUAAUAGCAAACUAGGCCCUCAAUGAGUGUGGAUUUCAAGGACAAAGUUUCUGAAAGGAAGGAAAAAUUCCAUGAAUGUGCAUUAUUUUGGACUGAAAUUUAUUAUUUUAUAAUAUAGCACACCAUAAAGUGCUAUGCAAUCUCUACUUUAUUGCCUAAGUACUUUAGAGGUUGCUCUUAUUUCCAUUUCAUAUAUUGAGAACCUAAACACCAAAGCGGAUGGACAAUAGCUUGUUUAGGAUGUGCCGAUAGCAGUCGAUGCAUGUAGCCAUUUUCAUUGUAAGGAGUGCAUUGUGAAACCACCAAACAUUUGACUUUUUUUGACGUGAUGAGAGGCCUUGUAUGAAUGCUCUGAUAUGUAUCCGUUCAAACCAGAUAUAUAGCUAUUUGUUUGACCAGAAGCUGGUCAGCUGAGUAGACCAGGCAUAGGCAAACUCCGGCCCUCCAGAUGUUUGGGACUACAAUUCCCAUCAUCCCGGAGCACUGGUCCUGUUAGCUAGGGAUGAUAGAAAUUGUAGUCCCAAACAUCUGGAGGGCCGGAGUUUGCCUAUGCCUGGAGUAGACCAUUCACAUCACAGGAAUUUCAUGGCAUCUUCCUCAUGGUGAUUUUGACAUGCCAUUUUGCCCAAGAAGUCUGUGGUUGAGGUGAGUGCAAAACUCAGGUCAGCUAUACCCACAGUUUGGUUCUCGUGGACAUUGUAUGUUUGCAAGUGCUUUAUUUUUACCCAUGCACAACUGAUGGUAAUAGCUUAUGGUACAUGCCUUUAUGAUGUGUGUAUGGAUGUCUGCUGUCAGAUAACUGGGUUAAAAGAGAAAGGAUAGGCAAACAGAUGGAGGAGACACUAACGUCUGUACUCAGGGGGUGCAACUGCUUAAACUUGUCAAAAAAAGGCAUGGCUAUAUACGAUACCUAAAUCUCCUUCUUCUUCCGCGUGGGCAGAUCUUUCCCUCUAGGCUUGGUAGCUUUGCUUAGAAGCCCUUGCAAAUGGUCCUCUCUUAGAAGUGGGAUAUUUGGUGAGAUGGGACAGUCAAACUGAUGUGGUAUGGUGGGGAUUCUGUGUGGGGUUAUGUAUGCAGGCAAGUGAUGGCCAUGGCACUGGGAUUGAUAGUGUCUUCGCACUCCUAUGGUAUCCGGGGCUGAAUCGCCAUGUCAUUUCCAACACCUCUCGAUCCAGUUGUGCUCAGAUCCUGGGCGGAGUAGCUUCUUCUUACGGCACGGGCAGACAGGGAUGUGCCCCUUGCUGGGUUGUGCCCUAGCUGAUCCCAGACAAUAUGGACUCAUAAGGAGCCUGGGCAAGGGGGAUGGGAGAUGAUUAGUGCAUGUGGGGGUAUUUCUAUACAGUGGCUGCAGGAGGGCCGGCUUGUCUUUGCAAAGCUCCGGUCCUCUUCCCCCCUCCCCCCCGCCUCCCUUUGCUGCCUCCUCCCCUCCUUUCUCCUCUCUUCGCCUCUGCUUUUUCCCUUAAAUAAUAAUCAUAAAAAGGUCAGCGGCAGGAGAGCUGCACACCCUGAUUGGCCGAGCUCUGGGCCCUUUGUUCCAGCCGAGCCUCCGGGCACAGCCACGCGCCAGGGUCAGCAGGAUUGGGGGGGGGGAGGAGGACAGGCCUCCCAAGGGACUGGCCAUUGGUGAUGGGAGGGGGGGUCAGUGCUGAGGCUCAUGUGUGUGUGUCUGUGUGUAUGAAGGGGGGGGGGAGAGAUGAGGGCAGGGUGAAAAACCUUCUCUUGCAGAGACAGCUUUUCCACCCUCCCCGACCCCUUAGCCUCUGCCUGCCUCUUUUCCUCUCUUCCUCUUGCUGUCUCUGUCCACCUUCCUCCAUCCAGAUCUCUUUUUGUCUUUUCCUCCUGGAGAAGAUCUCUGCGUGAGGUGGGUGCACCUUGAAGUCGCCCACACAUAUAUGUGUCAACCUGGUGUCACUAAAAAUUGUGCCGGCUUUGGGAUGUAGGCCAGUGUUGCAGAGGGUGCACCUGUUUCCCCCACUUCUACAAUCCCCAUGCACACCUUACACAGUUUUCACAACCCAUUGGUAAUAUCCUGCCCUCCUGGACUGUGUAAAGUGCCCUACUCAUCUCUAACGCCUCCACACUAUGUCUCCCAUUUCAUCUGCCUUCCUUAUUGUACAAGCCUUUCCACUCUCCUUGUCCCCAGAUCUUUCCCUUGUUCUUUUUUGCCCGAACGUGCAACCCUGCCAGCUGCAUCAGUUUCUCAUCUCUUGAGUUCUUUCCUCUUCAUUCCAAAUAUUUUGGCUUUCAUGCUUUUCUCUCCCCUUACCCUGGAAUUGUUUCAGCUUGUUUCCCCUCACUCCUGUGCUGCUACAAAUAAAGGUUUCUGGAGACCCUUAUAUUUAAGGGGCGACACCUAUUUCAGAACAGAUGCAGCACCACAGAAAACACCCACACCUAGCCCCAAAGUGUGCCAGGUUGUUGACAUUUUGUGUGGAAGCUGCCAAGUUGACUGAGCAAGCGAGAGACGACAAUGCAGUGGCUGCAAGUUGCUUCAGGGUGAUGGCUCACCCAGGAAAUCACCAGGAGCAGAUAUUUGCCUGCACCAAUACUUUCUCCUACUUUGAAUCUUCCCUACUACCUUGUGCCUUGCUGACACCACACCUUUCCCAGAGUCAGGAACCCUCUCUGAUCUCCGCAUCUGCUUGCAUUUCCCAUCCUGCUACUUCUUCCAAUUUUCUGCAGUCCUCCUUUCUGUUCAGCCUGGUGGGUCUCCUUCACCAGUUCUUGCAAUUUUCACGUUCCAAAACUCUCCCUGUAGCCCCCUUUUUCUGUUCUUUUUCUCUCUUCAGCCCUGUCACAGGCUGGACACAGGGGAUGUUAAUUCUGAUAGCUAAGGUAAAAUGGCUGCUGUACUGAUGUGAACAACAGUGGGCAUGAGAGCUGUCACUAGGCUGGUGUGUGUACUAGUGGCAGUGAGAGCAGCAUAUGGAUAAGCACAUUGAGCAGCUACUGGGUUAGCCAGCUUGAGACUGAUACCCAUACCCUGGUUUUAGACAAACUCGUGGUUGGUUUGUUUUUCAACCAGCGUAUUCUGAAAUAUGUCGUUGAUGCAAUAACAGUGCAUUAGUGGUGGAUUUACAAAGGACCAUCCACACAUUGUUCCUCUUUAUUGAGUGUUCUGUGAUACUUCCUCAAUGCUGCUGCAUUGCUACUACCUGGAGGGGCUAUAGUGCACAAAAGUGGGACAACCCCCACCCCAAACCUUAGAAAAUUUGUGCUAUAAAAAGUUAUAGGAUUUCAGUGGUAUAUUACAGCAGGACAUGCACUGAUUGGAAACGAAGCAGUAAGGCCAUCACAAAACUCUUGCAGGUGCAAACAGUAUUGAAAUCAUGUGUAACUGCCCUGAUACCAUCAUGUGCCCGAAUGGUGUCCUGUGGGGCCUUUUGUCUCUUAGGUUCACUCCCCUCCCUGAAAUGUAUUAUAGGGGAUAAAAAUAGUGGCCCGUCUUAUAAGUGUGUUUUGAGAAAAAGUUGCAAAACUGUACCCAAAUGCAGUGCUUUCCUUUCCUCCAUAGCAGUGAAUGGCUGCUUGUAUAGUCUAUCCUAUAGAACUUGAUGCAAAUGUGUCUUAAUGGUGGGAUUCAUGUAGAUGCAUAUUGCCUGAAUCAUUUACAAAUUGCUGACAUGUGAGAUGAAUUUUGUGGACUUCCAUGAAGCUCAUAGCAUGCUGUGGGGGUGACUUGAUUCACACAGUGAAUCUGUGCAUACAUCCAAUAGAUUUUCUAAAACAAGAAAGGAUCUAACUAUGCUCUAGACUAGAGCAAAGGUGGGCAGAAAUUAGUUCGGGAUCUUCUGGUAGAUCUUUUGGUGAUUUGCAGUAUAUUAGCAAGAGUUUCUGACUCCCAGUUGUUUUAAGAAUAGCAAUAACUAAAAAGCUUCCCACCUCCUUACCCUAAUUACGUUGCUGAAACAAAAACGAGAGGUGGGUGGGUGGGUAUGACCAGCAGUGGGUUUUCAUGUGAGUGGACUUAUCAGAUUGGUUCAGGUACUGACUGCAAAUUCCUGGACUGAGCAUAUGCUCAGAGACACCCUGCUCCUCAGUUCUUACUGUAUGUCUGCCUACCUGAGCUUCAGUUUUACACCAGGCUCUAGUUGGUGAACUUCAGGUAAAAAGCAAGCAAGCAAGUCUGAGGUCUGCCUACUCCAGCUCUGGAGGAAAUGGAAGGAAUAUGUGACUGCAUGACCACAGAUUGCACGGGAUUCUGUGAGUACAAAAACACAUACAAUCCUUUGUAUAGAUUCUUGCAGAACACGUGUGGCUCCUUGAGCAUUGUGGAAGGGUGGCUGUGCGCUGUAGGCUGAGUCUCUUGGGUUGAGUAUGUGCAUGAAUGGCUAUUGGACAGCCGGUUGCUGAUGCCACUUGCUGCUGGAAAACCAUAUUGAAUGUACAAGGUGCUCUGGUGGAACAGUUGCAGAACAACUGUUGGAUUAUUGCAUGGCUACACGUGCUGGUCUUUAUGGUAGAGUUGGUCAUGUGUGUGUGAAUCGUUGUGGGGUGACUGCAUUCAAGUUUUUGGAAAUACACGGUUUUUAUUUAAUGUGCCUCCAGAUUACCUUAUUGAUGUGGCUAGCGAGUGUUUGCAUUCUCACAGUGUUGGAACCUUUUUUUGCUCCAAACCAUCCUGCACAAACUUACCCAAUCCUGUUAUGUCAGAGUGAAGUCCAUUGUGUAUGAACAGCAGAACAUUUUAGCAGCCUUGAGACGAUGAAGUUCAAGAUCUGCUGUGCCUGUGAGUGCCAGCAUAUGCAGAAACAUGUAGGCUUUAAUUGAAGUGGGCAACUGAAGGAAUAGUUGUUGCACAGAUGGAACCAGCCAGAACAGAAGAAGGCAGACGGAUUUUCUCAGAAAUCGGUGGUUUGCAACUCAAAGGGAGAAAUUUGCAACACAAUUCCUGCUGUGGGUUUGCACAUCACCACCGAGAGUAGGAACAAGUAUGGACUGCUUAGUAGAAUAGAAUUCCUGCAGCAAAUAGUUAAAGGGUUUUCUGUUUUGAUUUCAAGUCAGGGACAGUAUGGUCCAGUAGAUAACAUUGUGAUUGUUAAUUUACUAGGAAGUCAUUAUGACAGGUGGCAUGUGUGUUUGUGUGGAGAGAGGACUUGCAUAUUGCAAGGACUCAUGGGGGGAUAGUAGUGCUUCUCUUUGUAAUGUGUACACACCAUGGGUUCCCUGUUGUUGAAGGCCAGGCCACUCAGAAGCAAGGGGAUAGGGCUUUUUUGCCCUCAACACAGAACUGUCCCCAGGUACAGUACUUUAUUAUCCCCUAUGGGAGUGAAUGGCAGCUGUUCAUGUGUGCUGGAGAAAGCAAGGAGUUGAAUCAAGGCAUAAUAACUGGGAUAGGGGCUAAUUCUGCUCCCUGCUGUUGGGAGGGAGCCAAGCUUGCCUCCAUAGGCAUACCUCCAUCCUGGGUUAGUUAGAUCACUUUUGUUUUUGGCUCCUUCUGCCAUUGGCUCUGGCUCCACCCACCACCAGCAUGUGGGCCCCAACAGAUUACCCCUGAAGGAAUGUGGCCCUUGAGAGAAAAAAAGGUUGAUUUCCCCUUCUUUUGAUCAUCAACUGGCUUUUAUAUCUGCAUGCUUCUCUUCCUCCAGGGGACACGUGGUGGAGGAAAGGUGUGCAUGGUCCCUCUUUGCACAUCUUUUGUCUCCACUCUCACAUCAUGCGCAAAUGCCUCUUUUGCUUGAGCAUCUGUGCACUGUGAGCCAUAGCAGCUUGUCUCAUGAGUGGCGCUGUGAACGUGGAAUAGAUGAAGAUUGGCUUUACUCAUUAAAAGUCACGCAUAAAUGAUGAGUGAAUAUAAUUUCUAUAAUAUCAAGUUGUCCUAUAUCGCAGCGUUGUGACCAAAUGGGAAUGGAGCACUUUGGGGAAUUCAGGUAGUAAGGCAUGUAGUAGUAGUGUAAAUGGUGCACUUAGUCUAAUGGGUCGCUCUGCAGGUGGGCAAAAAGGAACAGCUUUUAUGUUCCAGAACCCCUGUUCUUCUUCAUAUACACUUUCCGCCCAAUCCUAUGCAGAGCCAAAUCCCACUUAGCAGAGUGGAACUGUACUCUCAAAUAAGCAUGCGUAGGGUUGCUGCCUUUGGGUGGAACUCCAUGUUACGAAGCAGACACAGCAUUCUCAUGUUUGCCUGGCAAGGCAAAGGAGGAAAGGAUGUUUGCAGGAGAAAAUCCACGCAUGGGGGCUGCUCAGCACUUCUUGCGCCUGUUGAUUCUCUUCUGCAGAGAUCUCCUGCUGCUUCCAUCCUUUUCCAUCCCUUCAUCCCUUCCCAGUUGGCCUCUGGGAGCCUGGAGGGAAAAUCGACUCAUUUGCAGAGGGGGAAAUCAACAAGUAGAGGAAAAACAACAAAGUAAAGUAGACGCACCCCCUUCUUUACCCACUGAUUCUCCUUAUAAGUGUGUUCCCUGCAUUUGUAUUACUUCAGCAAAUUUAGUUUUGGUACUGUGUGUUUUGCCUUCAGGUGAAACCACACCUAUGUUGGUACUAUUCUUCUGACACAUCCCAACCCUGUUGUAACCACUUACAGGGACAUGUAAAGGAGGGAAGUUAGGGAAGAAAGCUGCAGUGGAGGAUGUUAAGACUUUGUACCUUGCCCAUUAGAUGGAAACAGCAAGGAUUUAUUGCAUCAGUUGUUUAAAACAUUUAUAUCUUGGCCCUUUCCAUUACUAUCAGAACCUCAAUGCAGCUUCCCAAAAUCAAAACACUCUGCCAAUAUAAUCUGAUAAAAGCCGCAACUAAAAUAGAGAGCAUCGUCAUUUGUCAAAAAGUCCAGGCAAAGAAAAUUGUUUUUAAUUCCUGUUAAAGGGCAGAAGAAAGGAUGGUAAAUAAAUGUUUCUGAGGGAGGCAUUCCACAGUCUGGAAGCCAUCACAGAGAAGGCCCCGCUCCAGAUCACCACUUGCCUGCCUGGAGCAGGGCUUUCAAAGACCACCUUAUGGGCAGAAGACAGGGAUGUGUGUGUAGAAAGUGGGAAACUAGGAGGCAAAUGCUCAAAAUGUGGCUAGAGAUUUGCUUGAGGGCUAGAAAGUUCUGCAGACGGUUUGUGAGGUUGACAGGUUUUAUGGCCAAAUCAUUGAAGCAAAGGGUCUCAUUCACAGACGCAACUUCUCUGCCCCCCAUGGCAACGGUUCUGUUUUUCCUGAAGUGUGGUUACCAUUGAUGCCUAAUGACUAGCUGUGUAGGUGUGAAACAAGAUUGCUGCAGUGAUGAGCAAGAUCAAGGGUGGGGGAUGGAAGGGAGGAAGGGGAAAUUCCACAGCAAAAAUGGUGCAUAUAAAUAUCUACAGGACCCUUGCAAGCCUGGUUUCCCCACCUGCCAAUGCUUUGGACUACAACUCCUGAUCCAUACUAUCUAGAGGGCACCAGGUUGUUGAAGGCUGUUCUGUAGUAUCAAAUAUUAGAAUACCUUUGUUUGAAAUUUGUUCGCUUUGUGAAUCUGGUUUAAUUUCAGCAGCGUCCAAGUAAAACGUACCUAGUAUUGCAGGCUCAUGCUAGGUUGGGGAACCUUUGGUCCUGCUCUUUAAGCAUGGUUGAUGGCCAGGGACUAUGAAAGCCCAACUGGUAUUGUGAGGGACUCAAGUUCCCAACUCCAUGGUGCAACAAAUCAGGUGGUUCUUCUGGAGGUAGUUAAUUUUUUACUCAGGGCGGGCGAAUUAUCACAGGCGUGGCUGUAACUCACUCUACAGGUCAAGGAAAGGGGAGUGCAGAAAUAGUGAGAGUGCUGUGAUGGAUAUACAAUUGGCUUUGUUAGUUCCAGGUCUAAAGCCUUCUCAGCCAUGAACCACACUGGGUGACCUUGGGCUCAUCAUCGGCUCUGUUGGCACGUCACAAUAAACCAAGCAUUCUCAUGCACAGGAAGAAAACACUGUCCUCUUCACUACUCACCUGUUUCUGCUGCUGCCACACUGCUAGGUGCUAAGCCAUGGUUUGGCACAGCAUUACACCAGAGCCUGGGCUCAUGGUUUGCUUCCUCUAAACAAACUCUGAGCAGUAAGCAAAAAACAAACUUUGGUUGCAGCUCAUGGUUCCUUUGCAAACCACCCUGUGCUCCUUGGAGGAUGGACAGGAAAGCAAUGUAAUAUAUAGAAAGGAUAAAACAUGGGUAGGCAAACUAAGGCCCGGGGGGCAGAUCCGGCCCAAUCGCCUUCUCAUUCCGGUCUGCGGACGGUCCGGGAAUCGGUGUGUUUUUACAUGAGUGGAAUGUAUCCUUUUAUUUAAAAUGCAUCUCUGGGUUAUUUGUGGGGACUGCCUGGCGUUCUUACCUGAGUAGAAUGUGUGCUUUUAUUUAAUAUUCAUCUCUGGGUUAUUUAUGGGGCAUAGGAAUUCAUUCUUUCCCCCCAAAAAAUAUAGUCCGGCCCCCCACAAGGUCUGAGGGACAGUGGACCGGCCUCCUGCUGAUCCCUGGGAUAGAAUAUUGGUAGAGUGUCACUGGAAAGUUCAGGCUGAAAAGGUCUUAGUGAAGAAAGGGUAAACUUAAGCCACAGCUCUUUGGAUGUAAGGCCUGGAAGUUUGAAAUGCUGGAUUUGAACAUUUUUGUGUCUAAAAAACAUGUUCAGUGGUUUAUUUUUGUUUAUUUUUUGAAUAGGGGAAUAUAUUUUGAAUUAAGGCGUGGAAGCUGAAGGUCAACCACACUGGCUCUAUCUUGUAGCAUUCUUGAGUCAUGCAAGAGUGUAUGUGGGCAUCAGCUAUGGAAGGUGUGUGUAGGGCUAUGCCCUCCAGCUCUACUCUCACCAGAGUCUUCAUGCAUUUUUCUGAAUACGCUUAGAAUCGUUCUUGUGAGGAUUGUGAUUUGGGAACCCUGCAUGCAGAGGAUUCCUGAUUGCCAGAAGGUUUCUUCAUGUAUUCAGCCAAACAUGCAACUAAUCCCAUGGUGGGUGGGUGGGUAUGUAGUAAGUGGGGAUGGGGAUAGAGACAGGGAAGACUAGUCCAGUUGCUUUUACAGUUGUCUGCUGCAAAUGAACCUGGUGCUGGUCUGCCAAAGCCACACCACCCUUGCAGUACUGAGGGCAGGGCUAGUGCCCAGGACCUCCAUAGUUUAUUCCCACAGUGUCCUUUGAACAGGCUGAAGAGGGCUACUGACUCACUCUUUUGUGUUGGCAAAGGGGGUCAGAUGGAAAGCUUCAGGGGGUCAGAUUAAGUUCCUGGCCCACCAGUUGUCUACCCCUAGUUUAGAACUUUGGAAUCUGACACUUUGGGAAGUUUUGUGGUUAAGAAUCUUGGAGCUGGACCGUUUUCAUGCUGGUAUGUUGGGAGUGGUGGGUGGGAGGGCCACUGUGAAGAACUGUGGCAUUUUGAAAUGCUCCCUUACAGACAUUAAUGGUAAAUCAUUGGCUUAUCUGCUGUAAUUUGGGAACGGUUUAUGACUCAGAAACAAUGAAGAAAUACUUAAAAAAACAAAACCCAACAGGCUGUUAAAAUCUCUGUUUUUAGUAGCUCAGAUGUAGGUUUUUGCUUCUGUAGGGAGGAGAUGUAAGGGGUGAUGUGGAUCAUUAAGAGGCUGCCAUCACACAGGUGGCUUUGCUUGGUCGACACUAGGGGCGGGGGUCUAGGCAACCCCCCAACCCCAAAAUCAAUCCUGCCCAUGCCUGUUCUAGACUACAGCAUGUUAUUUAAACACACACCCCAUACUCAGUUAUUGUGUGAAGCUUUAAUCCUCUUUACAUUACACAAUGAGGUUAGAUCAUGUGGGUUCCUAGCUGCUGUAUUAAGAGGGGGACAAAAUAAAAGAUCCAGGUAUGAAAUGAUAAGAAUGAAAGAAAGAAGAAAGAAAGAAAGAAAGAAAGAAAGAAAGAAAGAAAGAAAGAGCAGAUAAGCGAUUGAUCAAGCUGAGGUUUAGAGAGUGAUCACAUUUACUCACGCUCUUUCCUGCUCUCUCUCUCUCCCCUCAUCAUCAUUUAAUGAGGUCGGAAGUGGAGCUGCUUAAUGAAGUUUAACAGGGUUUUAAUUACUGGCAACUCAGAGCCUGCUCUACUAGGACAGGGCCUGGCCGCCAGCAGGAGUGAUGGGGGUGCUGCUUCCUUGCCAGCCUCAGAAAAAAAGGCUGGAUCUUGGGCAGCCGGCAGCAGGGGGGGAGGUGGAAGCACUGGGGGAGCCCCAACUUUGCUUCUUGCUUCCCCCUCCCAUUAAGCAGCAGUGACUCUAUGGCUGGGAGGCUAUUGCUGCGGCUCUACUUUCCCUGAAAGCUCUGCUUUCGUACCCCCUUUUUCUCCCCACAUAUUGUCAGUUGAGGGUCAGUUUCUGUCAGGACUGAGCACCUGGUGUUCUGCGGUUGCCUUGGAAAAUCCAGAGAAUGGGAACUAGCAGGUUUAGGGAGGUGGGCUUUGCUCGCAGCCCAAAGUCAAAAGGAAACUGCUGGUUCAUUGGGAUGGGAAGUGAAGUGGAUCUGAGCAGGGUUGCCACCUUUUCUUCUGGUUGCUACUCCUGUGUAUUUCAUGGCAACCUGAUACAUUGAAAUAUAGCAGGCGAAGCUUCAUCUGGUAUAGAGAUGAGUGUUAGGUAGAGCUGCAGGUGUUGUGUGUCAGCCUGCUUUUAGUGGCAUGGGAGCAGACCCAGGAAAAGGGGCGAGGAGGAGAUGGCAACCAUAAGCCCAGAGAGUUGUGUGCCUUCCCCCCUAGUCAAGGACAGAAAGUUUGUUUCCUGCUCAUCUGUUCCUCACACAUAUAUAAGGUCUGAGUUAUAUCCAGGUUCUGUCUGACAUGAGUUAGAGUUCACUUUAUAUGGUGUUCUGUGUGGAGGGUUGUUCUCCUAGUGGUUAGAGCAGGUGUGGUGUUUCCUCCCUUCCACCCCAAGACAGAGACAUUGGAAAUCUCCCUAUUCUGGUACGGGGGGUGGGGGGAGAGAUAGGACUACCCCCUUUGUUGUAGGAGGGGGCUUUGCCUUGACCCCCCCGACCCUACUCUCGACCCCCUGAGGGCGCAGCGUCCCCACCUCGCAGCAUGGCUCCUAGCGGCCGACGCGGGCCUGACGGACAGGUCUGGCAAUCGGGCAAAUUGUGUGGAGGAGGUGGAGCAUGAGGCCCAGUCGCCGAAAGCCAGCAAGGGCCAGCGCCUUGCAGGUCCUUGUCUUGGCACAGAGAAACCUUACUAUCACAUGUACACAGGGAAUUUGGUGCACAUGCUCCACUGGCAGAAGCACUUAUGUGUUGGCUGGCAUGGCCAUCCACCCUCCAGGUCUCGGUGUCCUUUGCAAAACAGGGCACUGAUGCAUUUCAGUGCAAGGGUGCGUCUUCUCUUGAGUGCAUUGUGUGACGAGUGCCUACAGAUGAGACUGGUCAUGGGGAGAAUUUGGGGAACGGGCACAGGCUUCAGGGGAGGACAACCCUAUUAAGUGGCUGUCUUAGGUGGUAGAUGUGGGAAGUCACCUAAGGUGGCAGAGUGACAGGGAAAUCUUCUGGCAAGCUAUCUCACCUAGGUCCAACUGAAAUAAAAUGUGAGUAGUCUUCUUACACAGCUCCUGUUCCUUUAAAUGAGGCUGUGCUGGAGAACGCCCCAAUGGGUUGCGGGCCCCAUGCUAAUCCAUGGGUGUCCCAUGGGUCUCAUUGGUCCACUGACUUCAGUAUUGUCCACACUGACUGGCAGCGGCUCUCCAGGGUUUCAAGCAGGGGGCAAUCUCAGCCCUAUCUGGAGACACCAGAGAUUGAGCCUGGGACCGUCUGUAGGCCAAGUAGAUGCCACUGAGCUAUAGCUUGGAUUUUUAGACUUUGGACUUCAUGGUCUUCUUCUGUAAUGGGGGGGGGGGGAGUUCUUAAGCUGGUAAUGCUUCACUUACAUUGAUAUGUGGCAAGCAGACUCUGCUGCAUCUGUAGGUACUCCUGGGCGCGUCUGCCUCUGAUGGCGCUACUGGACCCGCCUCGGUUUCCCGUGGUUCCUGUGUCUCCAUCUUUCCUUUUCUGCUGUGUUUUGUCCCGGGCUGAAAAGAAGGAAGUGGCUGGUGGCUGUGAUACAAUUUGUAAAGUACUUUGCAGCCUUUGUGAUCUGCACAUCAACAACCAUGCGGGAUGGGUUGCCGCUCUUCCCAUUUUACAGCUGGGAAACGAAAUUGAGAGAAGAGGUGCUUGCUUGAGAUCAUGUUGUUGUGAGCCUGUUUUAGGGGUAACACCUGAACCCACAAUAGGCAACAGAGAGGAAGCCACCUUUCCCCCAAACGACACAUUCUGCCUUCUGGCUCCAGUGUUGUGAACAGCCUGCCAUUGCGAUUGCAAAAUUCUUUCGGGGAGAGGUUUGAGGCCCAGGGUGGGUGGGCAAAAGCAGAAGGUGGGCAGCUGACAUUAAUAUUAAUUCUGCUGCAGUAUGUCCUGGGUGCUGGACAACAAGGAAGGGCAGGCCUUAGACCUACAGUAUGGGAUCUACUUUGCAUUUUACUAGCAGCUGCAAACCCACCUUUUGCAACCAGAUGCAGAAGAUGUAGAAUUAAAGAACAUGGUGCCUCUGAACAACGGCUGAGCUAAUGGAUUUGUUUUGAGUUCCAGAACUGAGCUGAACUCACAGUCCUUCCACACAAAAAUCUGUUCCUAGUGACCCCAAGCUUUGUUCAUUUCAGCAGUUCAACUGUGGGAAGGGGGGCUCAUUUUGUUGUUGCUCUUGAUAAAUAACUGGGAGCCAGAAACACUUGCUGAUCUACUGCGAAAAGCCUGUCAGUAGAUCCCAAUUUAUCUUCUGCUCACUUUUGCUGCACAGUACAGAGCUUUCAACCUACUGUAGAGUAAACCAAUGUGGUGUAGUGGAUUUGGAUGUGGGAAACCCAAGUUCAAAUGCCUACUCGGCCACAAAACUCAUUGGAAGGGGGCAAGAGUCUAUGGGCUUGUCCAUACUAUACAAGAGUGGAAUGUGCAUUUGCAUCUACCUGUCUCCUUAUUAAUGUUGGCGGGUGUCCAACAUUAUGUCCUCCCCACCCUAAUGUUGUGCAGGACCUUCCCCCACCCAUUUAAAUUCAAGGUUUUUUUUUUGUUGUUCUUGGGUAUUUUAGACUUUCUAAGGAUUGCAAAAGAACACCCAGCAUUUAAAAGGGAAAGGUGUGAGAAACACUGGCAUGGGGAGAAGGUUGUGUGACUGCGCCCUUGCAUUAAUGGGGAGACAGUCACAAAUUCACAUUUCGUUGCGGUGUGGACAAGCCCUCUCUUUGAACUUAAGCGGUCUCACAAGGCUGUUGAUGAGGAUGGGAAUGCUGUGUGCACCAAUACAGUCUGUGCACACCCUCCCAUUUACUCUUCAUCCAGUGCCCCCCCCCCCGCUCCCCCGCUGGUUUGGGAAGUGGUAUAUGCACAAUGUUAGCCACAAUCCAUAUUUAUCCUGCCGAUUCUCAUGAAAGACUGCAUUUUGAUGCGUUUCCUCCCAAACCGGCUUUGAUCCGAAUUGAGACAAAGAGCGGCCUUUCAAGCAUGUAAUGUGUAUACACAUCCACACUUGUUGGGAAGGGCAGGAGGUGAGUUUGAGGGCUGGCUGAUGUCUUGUGAGGACGGGGUAUAGGGAAGACUCAAGUGGAAAGACAUGGACUUAGGGAAAUGCUUUGAAGACAAAGGGAGGCAGAAGGUGGAAUGUGGAGGGAGGGAGGGAAGGAAGGAAGGAAGGAAGGAAGGAAGGAAGGAAGGAAGAAAGAAAGAAAGAAAGAAAGAAAGAAAGAAAGAAAGAAAGAAGUGGGUUUAUAUAGAGAGAGGAGGUGUGUAGUUGAAGGCAAAGGAAUACAUGUAGCACUAGGCAUUAGGGGAAUGGGAGAUGGAGAAGGAGAUAAAAGUGCUCAAGAUCAGAUACGUAGGAAGAUGGAAAAGGGGGUUUAGGGGAGAAGAGACAGCAUCAGACUCCUGGGCAAAUACGACUUGUGGAGAACACUGUGCUAAGCUGGGUGGGUUUGCUAAGGAAGCAGAACUUGGCCUAGUCCCCGUCCGAGAGAGGGAUUCAGCUCUUGACCUUUGGGGGCUGUUCCCAGCUCUAGGAGAGCGAAUGGGGUCUUCAGUGGACUAGCUAAACCCAUGGGUUUGUGGCACAGUGUGGGGCUAGAGAGAGGGGUGGGAAUUAGGACUUGUGCCGCUGCUUCCAGCUCAGCCAUUGUAUUUGUGUGACCUUGGCAGGGAGUCUUCCUCCCACCUGCACCAUUGAGGAUGGCGGUGGAGGUACCUGCCUCUUUGUAAGUGGCUUCUGGAGGCCAGAGAGAAGGGAUUUUGGUCACUUCUUGGUUCUUGGUCCAGGUUUUAGUUUAAUGGUGUAGGGUGGGGGGGGGGGAGAGAAGGAAAUAAGUCCAGCUGUUCCCCCAGGUUUUGCUGCUGUUAUUGCUUUUUUGUUGUUGAAAAAAAUUAUUAUUACUAUUAUAGCUUUGCCAAGGCAUGCUGAGAACUGCGAAAUCGUGACACAGAGAGAGGGAGAGGAGAAAGAGAGAGAGACUAGACAGGGUGGGGAUGUCACCUGCCCCCCCUACCAUUCCACCACCCCCCAGUCUGCUGCAACGCAGAAACCAGGGAAUGGAAUAGGAAAGAAAAUGAAAUGCGUCUGAAGCGAGGAGAAGGGAGAAAUCGUCGGGUGGAAAAGGUGGGGGGGAGGGCGAGAGAGCCAGCGAGUGAGCGAGAGGCCUGGCCCUGCCGUAGCUCCAGCCCCCCUCUCUCCCCCUGCACAGUAUCGAUCGGCAGCCGUGGCUCGAAACCAUUUUCAUUGUCAGGCGCUUGGGCUGACGGAUGCCCCCCCCCCCAACAAAGCGCAGCCGCUGGGGGAUGGGAAGGGAUGCUGCAGCUUGGGGGCUGGUUCCCCACACCCCAUCAUAUUAAUCCUAUUUAUCAUCCCUGCUUCAGUUUUAUCCCUCCAAAAUAAUAUCUCACUGCAAAUUCCAGUGUCCCCUAUUCCUCUCCCUUUCUGCCCCCUGUCCCCCACCCUUUCUUUUCUUUGUAGUUUGUUGAAGGGGACCAUUGUUCAUCGGAAGCUCCCCCCCCCCCGUACAUACCCGUUUCUCAAAUUUCCCUUAUCUUAGGGGGCAUACUCCAGAUCCCUUAACAUGGAUUAGUUACCCCUUAACACAGAUUAGCUAUCCCUCCUUACUCGCAGCCAGGACCGUUAAAGAGAGGCAAAGAGGACAGGAUUUCUUUUUCACCCUUUCGAUGUACGCUUAUGGGUUAAAUGUGAUUCUCAGUGAUAUUGGGGGUGGCGUGAGCAUGGGUUUGGAGUCUGGGAAUAAUUCCCAAUGUACUAAACCCAUAUCAAAAUUGAGGAAAAGUCCCAGUAUAUGUACCACCUCCCCCCACCAUGUAUUGCCAGGCGUUGUUCUGUCCUGAUCGCAGACCGAGUGAGAAUUAUAUAUAGUUUAACUGAUGGUUUAUCAUGCUGGACCAUGUAUUGGGAUUCAGGUGCUGGAUCACGACUUGUGUCCCAGACUGGGGGUGACAGAAGGGAACAGAAGCUUUGUGGGCACUUAGAACAGUUUCUGAAACAUUUCAUAAGGAGAAAUCUGGAGAUAUGAGUGGAAGGUGAAGGGAAAUACUCAAGUGCAGUUGUACACCAUGCACAUACAGAGGAGGUGUUCUGUGGUAGCUACUCUCUCACAAUCCCGGAUACAUAACGUGGGCCGAUGCAACCAUUUUUGGCUAAUUUGUGAUUAGAAACCCAUCUGACUUCUCAGCAGGACGAGAGGAUUGUGUGAUUAUUCCAACCCCAUCUCCAGAUCACCUCUCCUUCAUCCUCAGAAAAGUUCCAAGUGAUCCAGAGACUGAGUUGUUGAAAUGGGUGUUGAAAUAAUCCCAUAAGCACGCUCCAUCAUGUAGCAAAGGGAGCUCGCUUUGGCUUCCCACAUCGCAAAUGAGCAAUAAAGCAGUUGCGUGAAUCAGUUCUGAUGCGUGCUUCUACUUUCACAGGAAGGCAUAUUUAUUAAGCCACACUCCCUAUUCAUUAUCCUAUAUUCUUUCAUGUUUAACUCCAUCAUCAUGUGCACCUACUCGUUUGUGUACACGUCAUCCUGAACAUGAAUCAAUGCUUCAUCUCACAUGCUUGUGCCUUAUAAUUUUAUUUCUGGGCUUUUUCACCCUAGUUUUUCUCCCCAUAAAUCUGCUCAAAACACACUUUUACACUUGAAUACUAACUGGCAAACAUUGUCUCUCUGUGUGUAUGUCUCUCUAUUUCACAGGCGCUUCAGUUCAGCUUGAUGAUACUUUUUAAUUGCAGGAGAAAGUAUAAAUAAUCAAAAUGAACUUCACAAGCUGAAAAGGCUUGUGUCCCCCCCCCCUUUCCUACACACGCUCGCACAAACAUUCAGUUUAAAUUGUCUUUCAUGGCCCAUUUCUGCCUGCAUCUAAAUAAAGUUUCAUCAUCUUUGUAGCACAUCUUCAUAAGGGAGUUUCCUGCAUUUUGAAAUCUGCUAGCAGAGCUAAUCAAAAGUAAGCACCCCAAGCUGCCAUUACAAAUGUAUCAGCACAAAUGUUUGCCUGAAUGAGUAAGGAGGAUCCUUUCCCCCUUUUGAAAAAAGUGAUGUUAGAUACUGAGCAUUUAAAAUGGUAGAGUUGGAAGGGACCCUGAGGAUCAUCUAAUCCAACCCCCUGCAAUGCAGAAAUAUGCAGCUAUCCCAUAUGGGGAUCAAAUCUGCAACCUUGGCAUUAUCGGCACCAUGCUCUAACCAACUAAGCCAUGAAGGACUUGUUUAGACGAGGGCACAGCAUUGGCACAUAACUGAAAGCAUGUGAAGCAAUGAAAGGAAGAAAGCAGGAUUACGGGGCAGGAGGGUUUGCACAGGAUUCUGCUGCAUGGACUUUGCUUCCUGCCCUGAGUCCAUGAUUUCUCCCUGACCCACUGUGGACUACCUGGGCCUUUGGCAUGUUGUUACCAUGGGCAUGGGAUUUGUUUGGUGUGUCUGAUUUCUUGAAUCCCUGCCCUCUAAAUUCAGAUAUUUAGAGGGAGCUUCGGGCUUUUUUAGUGGUGCUAGAACAGGCACUUUGCACACGAUCAGAAUCAAGCUACAUUACUGAGCCUAGGCAUUGAAACAAGAGUGCUGAGCUUUGGCUCUGAUUAGACCAGGGGAUUAUCCACACUGAAGGAAAAUGUGGAUCCUGUCUUGUUGUCCCGGACCUUUCCUCCUUUAAGUGCAGGGUCUUUCAGUUCUGGGCUUUUCGGAAUUUUGAAGAAUGGGGGGACCCAACAAUUUAAAAGGGAAAUGUCCAGGACAGCACUGGGAUGGGAAGGAUGUCAUGUGGAUGCCCCAACAUUAAUGGGGAGAGAGGCAGGUGCAAAUCCACAUUUUGGUCCUGUGUGGACAAGCCCUUUUUAAAAUUACCCCUCCACACGCAUCCCACAACUACAGUUGCAAAUAUGCUCACAGAGUUCGUUUCCUUGCAAUCAGUGAUGGUUAUUUAUAGUGCAUAAAAUAAAUGAAGUGCCACACAGAAAUUAAAAAUGGUCCAAAUGCUUCUGGUGUAAUUGUUGGCAAGGCACAGAUGGGAGGGAGACAAGAAUAUUCUUUUUAAAAAGGCAUUCAUACAAAUGUGGUGAUUUGAUGCCCCCUUUGCUUUCUCCCUUAUUUAUUUUUUAAGAUUUAUAAAAACAAAAGAGAUAUCAAAGGACGAAAAAAGCAAGAGGAGGAGUAUUUUAAAAGGAAAACAACAACCAAAUAAGACCACAUAGGAAAGAGCUAUCCCAGGCUGUGUACACAUUACCAGUUAAAAAUUCCGCUAAGUGGUUCUUUUUCUCUAUUCAGAUUGAAGCUGCUUUGGGGGGAAAACACAUCAAAACGCAGUAUUUCAUAAGAAACGACAGGAGAGAUAUGGAUUUUGGCUAAUGUUGUGUGUACAACCAUUUCCCAAACCAGCAGUGGGAGCGCACUCGGAGUAGAGCAAACGGAAAGAAAAGAUGAUAGCAAAAUCAAAACAUUCCCUUCUGUCCCAGCUACACACAUUUUUAAAGACCAUCCCCACGGCUGCUGAUUUCUCUGCACACAUGGUUCUGCAUGUGUAGGGAGGCUGGAGCUGGUGAAGAUCUGAGUGCUUUGGGAAGCUGGAAACUAGCACUAGUGUGUUGAGGAAGGUUUAUUUGACAUAAGGCAUGUAUGACACAUGUGUGUUUAAGGCAGAAUUUAAGGAGAACAAACAGUGUUUGCUGUUGCAAAAGGAGAGACAAGUGUGAAAGUGCAAAUAGUAAAAAUGUACUGACAACAAGGACUCUGUGUGUAUGUGAAGAAGCAAAUGAGUAUGAAAAAAGAUGAGGACAGAAAUGUGGACAGCCAGAAGAGGAGUGUAAAUGCAGAGAGCUAUAAACGCACAAGCAAGGUGGAAUAGAGUUAUCCUUCCAGUUUCGCUCACAUAUAGUGCAUUGCAGGGGGUUGGACUAGAUGACCCUUGGGGUCCCUUUCAACUUUACAGUUCUGUUAUUCUGUAACCAAGUCUUUUUCAUGUAUGCCUCACAACCUGAAAGCAUUCCCUUCUAUGCUAUCUAUAGAGCUUCGGAGCUUCUGAGAUUUCAAGUACUUUCAAUUCUGUCUUUGCAGCAAAACGGUCCAGAAAGUUGCAUUUUUUAAAACAGAUGAAUGUUAAGAUUAUCUGAAUGCCAAAAUCUGUGCCCACAAUUUCUGCAGAUGUCCUAUGUGGCUGCAGAACAGGGGGGCACAUACGUUCCUGCCUACAGUGCUUCAAGGUUUAUAGCUAGUUCACACAGCCAUUUCUGGUUUGGUUUUACACAGUGAAACCCUAACAUGAACCACACAAUGUUGCUCAAAGUUGGCAAGGCUAGGAUAUGUUGGAUUGUAAUUCAGACACCUGUUGAAAUUUGGUGACCAUGGUCCAAAAAUGAGAUCUGGAUUGAUUUCACAUUGAAAAAUAAUCCAGAAAGGGUCACAUUAAACAGUGUGAUUUAGGUAUGUUAUAAUCCAGAAUGGCCGUCCUAACCUAUACUGCUCAUUGAAGUAGCACACAGCCAUAUUGCUGAAUUUGGGAAAUGCCGAGGGUGAAACCCACACCUCAUCAAGAACAUAACAUUGGCUAGAAUCCGUUUUUUGUAUCUGCCAAUGCAUUCACACGGCCAUGCAGGUGUGUGAUGAAUGACAACCACCUAGUUUGUGAAGGCGUCAUGUGAAAAGGUCUGAAGAAAUAAAGGUUACCUCAGGAUUAAAAGUGAUACCUGCCUUAUAUCAAGUGGUUGUAUGAAUGCAUUGAGGGAGGGACUGUGACUCAAAAGGCCCUAGAAUGAAUCCCUAGCAACUCUCAUCAACCCUGUCCCUUGGCCAUGCUGAUGGGGGCUGAUGGGAGUUUUAGUUCAGCAACAUCUGCACCCUUGCCCUAAAUGGCUCCUUCUCAAGCCCAGAGGCCAAACUCCAAGACUGGGAAGAUCCAUCAGGGAAUGCCAGAACUCAAGCCUCUCAUUUUUGAACUAGGGUGACUCCUUGCAUGCCCUGUGAAAAGUCCCUGUUCUGCACAAAUAUUAAAGUACACAUUGGCUUCCUUUGCCUUUUAUAUUGCACACUGCCUUGGAAAGUGCAUCUGAAUUCUGCCUUUCUAGUGCUAAGGGGCCUGAAUGCAGUGAAGGAUUGGACUUCUCUAUAUUUAACCAAGGAGCAGGUUGUCAUGCAGGGGGUGGGGGAAAGUUCAUUUGCCAAAAGAAGUCAUAGUCAGGUUAUUUACACACCACAUUUUCCACAACUACAUCAAUGCUGAAAGUGCUUCGUGUAAAAACAUUAAAAAACAGUUAACAUAAAAGCAAAGUCUAAAUAAGCAAUACAAUAACAUAAUGAAAAGUAUAAUUUAGCUACAAUGCUAAAAACAACAACAACCCAGUAAUUUCUACAUCAACAUUUAAGGGAGCAUACAGCUCAAGGAAAGAAUACCAGUGACUUCACAUCCAAAUUUAACAUCAACACACUUUGCAAUGCCAACACCCCUUUUUAUACCUCAGCCCAAAAAGCCAGCAAAUCCUCUCAGAGUUGUUCCAGCAGCCUCUGCAAAGGGGCCGUAGUAGAGCAUUACCUGCCCUUGUGAAUUCUGUUUCAGUUUUACCUUAACUGGGCUGUGGUGGACGCACUGCCUUUCCAAAGGGAUGGAGACCAUGUACCUGUGUGGCACAGUGGGGCAGGACUCAAGUCACACCCUGGUCCUUCUGCACCACGUGUUCUUCCAGUUUUUGUGGUCCUUUUACAGUAACUUUGAACUUGCCAUUUCCACCACUUGUAGAAAUCCACUGCCUCCUUCACCUGGACACCCCCAGGUUGCAGGUUUUGGCCUAUAGCAAGCAAUGGGCCUAAAUGUUGUGUACAGCGCUUGUGACAAUAACUCUUCAAAUUUGUCCAUGGAAUGUUUUAGUGCUGAAGCUCUCUGAGGGUAAGUUCUAAAUAUUUCCCCUCCCUUCUGAUCAACUCUUUAAAGGUGCAGAAGUCCCACCAGCUCCCCUUUUCAAAGAGUGCCAGAUGUGAACCACACUCACAAAGGGAUAAUUGGGAGGAUGCAGUAAGGCUCCUGAUUAUUCCUUUGCCAGUGUGUGCCAGUUAAAUUUGGUGCCUGAUGCAAGCCACACUACUUCAGCUGGGGUUGGGUGAUUUGCCCAUGCACCAUGGAUCAGCCCCACCCAUCUGUCAAACGUGGCUAAUGGUUUCAGGCACAAUUUGACCCAGAAGUGGUUCCCUAGCCCUGUCUCAAAGGUACACGAGCUCUCUUUCCUACUUCGCAUCUGGUUACCUUAGCCUUAAUCAAAGAAUGCAGAUUCUGUGGCACUCUUGAUGUUGUUGUAUUCCAGCAACUUCCAUCAUCCCUGACUGGGCCAUGUUGGCUGGGGCUGAUUGGAGUCAGAGUCCAACAAUAUCGUUUACCCCUUCUUUGCCUUUAUCUUCAACGUGAAGCCAUGGUUUGUGUGUACUUGGCCUUAUAAGACACACACUCUGCACAUGCUCACAGGCAAUUUCUUGCCCCUGCCUUGCGGUCUGUCAAAAAACAAACCUGCCAAUUGAGCAAAGAUGUUAAUGCGGAUACUGUGAACAGACUGGGGACAAGCAGGGCCGCUCGCUUGCGUUAAUGUCCUCUUGUCAACACCCUCUGGUCUAAGAAACAUGAAGCUGUGUCCCAAGAGAAGGCGCUUAAGGAAGGGAAAGACCUCUCUGUAGGACACAGCAGCCAAGAAGGCCUCAGGCCUAGACCUAGGGCUAGGGUUGCCACUGAAAUUUCACCUGAAGCAAAAUUCGAGGCAAACAUGCGUUGUGUUCCUCCAGAGGCGAAACACCCAAGGGAACUCAGAAGGGCACUGAUGAGACGAACAACGUUUCACGGUGAUCUUUUGCCACCACAUUUCACUCAAAGUGAAAUUUGGAGCUUGGAAAUUCCGGGGUUUCUCCUCAGGCGAAACGCCUGGGGGAAAAUCUCAGGAAAGCUAGAAGUUUCGACACAACCAGCAAAAUAAUAUAGAUAACAAUCUACAGCAGAGGUUUGAAUACCCCUGUGCCAUGGACCCAGGCUUCUUUAGAGGAGUGCACCUGCAAAUAUUGGUGUGGAAAUUGCCAGCCGCCUAUACAGGCAAGGGGAGAGAUAGUGAGCCACAGACCCCCUCCUUCUCUCCCUGCACUCCACCCCAUAACUUGUUGUGCCUUCUGCCACCUCACCCCCCCAAAACCUGCCCCAUUCCCUGUACUUUCCCCCCGCCUGCUGCUCCCCUCCCCCGCCCUGCUCCCCCGGGAGCGCACUCUAAUAAUGUAUUUGAUCGACUGGCGGCCGCGGACAAGCGAUUAUUGUCUUGUAGGGAGUCAAAAGUAUUGAUCGGGGGAGAAAUAUGAGCAGCGCGAUGGAGCCGGCGCGUCACAUACAAUAACCACAGCCCCGGGGGAGCGCCCGCGACACCGGCCGUCUCCUCUCAUUACCGCCCGCCUCAGCCAGCCGCGGGGACAGGGAGACAGGGACCGGGCAGGGCGACUCUGCUCUUGCCCCUCAAUGCUGACCCGCAGGCCUAUUGCUAUUCCAGCCACAGGUUCCUCAUAGACGGCAUGGGUUGUGAGCCGGGGGGGGUAGGGAGCAUGGCUGGCUCCUUAAUGAAUCUCUUUGCCCCCCUGAACAGCUUGGCUGGUGUGUCACAGUUGCAACCUGUAGCUCUCCACUCCAGCAGAAAGAGGUCCUAAUACUCAAGGUGGCCUGGGAGCGGGCAUCUCUUCUGACCUGAAAGUCUGAGGAUCUAAUCCCAGAGAUGUGGUGAGGUUGCUCUGUACAUGUUCAGAGGCCCUCUGAGCUAAACCUUAAGUCAAAGGAAAGCCUGCCUGCGAUCACAUUCCCAAACUGGUUCACAUCUCACAACUUUGAUACCCUAGUUUGAGGGCAAACGUCAGCCUUCUUCUUGUACCCUGCAUCAAUGCAUCGGCAUCCCACUGUCUAGCAACUGCUGCUGACCUAACUCACAGUGAAGGAUGCAGUGAGAAUGGAGCAUGAGGACUUUUUGCUGCCAGUCUAAUUUGGGAACUCCUACUCCAAGAAUUAAAUACCGGUCCAUUGUUCUUUUGUCACAGUAGAGUCAAACAGCCUUGGUUGCUUAGACUGCAGUCCCAAGCCUCCUAACCAAGCAAUAACUCCCAUUAAAUUCAAUCGGACAUAAUUCCAAGUAAGCGUGUUUAGGAUUGGGCUGCUGAAAUUUAGUUUAGUUUUAGUGAUAGAUCCCCUCUCUCAAAAUCACAACUACAGUGUUCCUAUUUUGCAGGGCAAGAGCUGUACAGUACUUUCAAAGUUGCAAAACUGUUUUCACAGUUUUUCGUUGUUGUUUGCAAUGACUCUGUGAGGCAGGGCACUGUUCCCAUUUUACAUACAUACUGUUGUAUGUAUUUUACAUACAUACUGUUCCCAUUUUACAGGGACUGACAUUGGAUCACUGGCUUAAGGCCUCUCAACGAAUAACUUGUUUUAAUCCAUGCUUUCCUGCUUUUGUUCACAAGCUGCUGGGCCCUUUUAAGUGAACAUGUAUAUAGAGCUGUCUUUAUAUAAAGAGUUCUUCUAGUCCAGUUAUUGCCUACUUUGACUGAUGGUGUCUCUCCAAGGACUCAAACAGAGUUCUUUCGCUUCUUUGCAAUGUUGAGACUUUCAAAGUGAAGACACCAGGCUGGAGUCUAAAACAUCUGGAGGGCACUAGGUUGGAGAAGGCUGCUCUGUUAGUUCUGGUACUAUGUGUGGUGUGUGUGAAGUUUCUGUUACUCUGGGGCUCAUAACCCUCUUAUUCCAGCCCCUGGGCUCUCUAAACUUACAUAAGCAGCUGUGGAUAUGUGCUUUUAACUCCCAUACACCCAGUUAGUCUAAGCCUAAAUUAGUAGAGGCAUGUGUGUGAUUUUCUGGACGGCGCAAGUUUUACUUGAAAUGGGUUAGAGCAAAGGUGUACAAGAUGGGAUGUAAGCAAUUUUCUGUCUUGGAAAAUUGUUAUUCAUGGGCUUGUUAGGGGCAUAGAUUGUAGGUGUGUCUGGGUGGCCAUGUGUCACGCGGUGUUCCUGGAUGUGUGUGCGCACAAUUGCUUUCUUGUGUAUUUUAGGGGCUUUGCCCCUGGGCAAAGUCUGGCCUCUCAGUUGCCAAUCCUGAAGGCAAAAGUGGGAUGUGGAUAAGCAGAACAUGUGGCAAUGAGACUUGGCAGCUGGUGAGCAUGAAUUGGGGCCUUUGCGCUUCAACCCUAACUCCAGAGUGGCUCUCUGGCAGAACUAGCUGCUGAUCUGAGCUGUGAAUACAAAUGGCUUGCUCCCACGUAGACAUUGCAUAUAAGGGGUUCAUGGAGAAUAAAACUAUCAAUGGCUACUAGCCAUGAUGGCUGCGCUCUUUCUCCAUUGUCAGUGGCAGUAAUGCUUCUGAAUACCAGUUGCUGGAAGUGAGAGUGCUCUCUUGUGCUCAGGUCCUGCUUGCAAUCAUCCCAGAAGCAUCUGAUCGCAUCUGGUUGACCACUGUGAGAACAGGAUACUGGACUAGAUGGGUCAUUGGCCUGAUCCAGCAGGCUCUUCUUGCGUUCUUAUCUUGCAUAUAGUAAAUAAAUGAUCUCAGGUCAGACUACUUGCAUUACGAAAACCUCUAACCAAUGAUAAAUCCAUAAUUAUCACUGUCUGUAUUUCUCUGUUUUUUCUUUCCUUCCUUCUCACUUUUAACAACUCCCCCCCUCACCCCAUCCCAAGCCAUGUAUAUCUUUACCUGCAGCUCCAGAUAAUUAUUUCAUACAUCUGAUGAAGUGGGCUGUGGGUUCGGUCAUAAUAAAUGUACUAGUCUUUAAGGAGCCGCAAGACUCUUCAUUGCUUUUGCUGCAAGAGACUCGCACAGCUACCCCUCUGAAAAAAGCAAAACUCAGGGUACUCCUGGCUGUCCAAAUGUGUGAGACUGUGAGUAGUAGUGUUUGGUGGAUGCACUGAUGCUUUUGUGUGUGUGUGUGUGUGUGUGUGUGUGUGUUCGUGUUCGUGCAUGUGUCACAUUGCCGAGAGCGAAUGUGAUGGUCAUCAUGUGCAAGGGAGAGCCGUUGGGUGGGACCGUGCUGUCUCUCAGACUGGAACAGGCCACAUCGCCACAGGUGAGUGUGAGAACUGGUGGCAUGCUGCUUCCCCCCAGUGGUGAGUUGGCAAAAAUGCAGAACCAAUUGCUAGCAUCGAGCAGCAGCUAUCUGUUGUCUUACUUACUUGGCUUUUAUGGGGCUUAGAGCUUAUCCACAUUUACCUUUUGCCCCACUCAUUCCAGGCAUAGGUCCAUGCUUUCAAGCGCUGUGUCUGAUUGAAUGCUAAAGAGCAGGCUUUUGCAGGGAAAGCUCUGGGACAAAAAAAGGGGCGCUCGGACUCAGAGCUUUAAAGUGUGGACCGUGUCUGGAAAGAGCAGAGGAAAGGUAAGUGUGGAUAAACCCUGAGCCCCAGAAUCUGUUUCUAAUGCCAGAGGUCAGCCCUAGAGCAUAUGAUGCAAUAAGAAAACUGCCUCUGAGUAUAAACAGAGUGGUUUUCUCUCAUCACCAGUUAACCACAGCCAGGCCCCACAUUUCUGAUGUUUGGGGCGGGUUUCCAGGGUUCAUCAGUCUGGAGUCACCCCAAUUGUAAAGACAGAAAGGUGGUUCUUGUCUCUUCAGGGAUAACUAAACCUGGUUGAGUAGAUGCCUCACCAUCUUAACAUAAUAAGCUCCACAUUGAGUCGUCCACAAUGAGCUAUGAGGAUAUUCAGUUAAGAAGACCAUCAUUAUGAGAUUUCCUGUAAGAGGUAGGAUGAGAUUAGGAUUGCUAGGUCCAGACCCUCAGAGAUCGCAUUUACCAUUUCAGGGCUGUUUCUCUGUCUUAUCAUCCAGACAGUCUGAGUCCUGCUGUACCACCUGGGGACCCGAGGCACUUGCCUAGGGCUGUGUACACAUUACUGGCUUAAAACACAGUUAGGCUGCUUCCCCCCCUCCCUAAAAUCAGAUCGAAGCUGGUUCUGGUUGGGGGUUGGGGGAAUGCAUAAGAAUGUAGUUUUUCCUAAGAAAUGACAAGGCAGAUACAGAAUAUCUAUGGAUUGUGACCAACUUGGUGCGAACGCUGCUUCCCAAAGCAGUGGUGAGGGCACACAGGAUGCAGUGCAAACAGGAUUGUGCGUACACAGCCCUGGACAGCAUUUCUCCAUCCACCACCAAAGGGGUUCAGUUUCCUUUUUCCCCAGUCCCACAUUAGCACACAUGCUUCCGCUGCUAAGGACAUGCCAACCAAUAGAUAGGGAUUGUGACAGCAGCUGCAGAAGGAGUACCUAGUAGGCCUGGGAGCCAGGUUUUAAGGAUUGUCUGGAUGAACAAGUCCCUGACCCAAGAGAACUAAAGUCCACUGAGAGGUGUCAGGGGCAGUGGCAAGCUGGAGGUCGAUGGGAAAUGUGUUGUACAUCCAAGGGAGGUCCUAAAGCUCUUGACAAGCUAUUGGCUAUAAGCAGUAUUUGAGGUGGGAUGUAGGACUGGAGUUGCAGGAUCUAGUUUGUGUGUGUGUUUUGGGGAGAGGAACUGUGUUGCUGUUUUAAUCUUUCAGCUAGCAUGCCAAAAAGAUUAUAAAUGGUCCCACCCACAUUGGGGGACUGGGGCUGGGCAUUAUUCCAGAUUCAAGAGAAAAUUUGUCUGUGCUCAUGCCCAGGUAUGUAGUACAGCAUAUGUGAGAGAAUGUGGUGCCGUGGUGAGUGCAUUUUGCAUGAAUCCUUCAUACCACAUCUGUGUUGGGUGUCCAGGAGUGUAUGCAUCAGAGCCCUGGGUAUGGCAAGCACAAAGGGGAGGGCAGCACCUGUGGGCAACAAGGGUAAUUGGCAGGUAACACACAUGCCCACGCACAUGUGUUUGUUGUGUGCCAGUCCUUGCAGUGUUCUUUGCUCCCACCCCCCAACAUACCGCUAUGGCUUCUUCCUCCCAGCUGCUUCCUGCCACAUUCACUGUUCUUGCUUCUGAAGCACCACGGGACUCCCCCGGCUCUGCCCCAAGCUCAGAGGCCCUUCCUUGUCCCGCCAUCCGCUCUUCCCCUCUCUGGAAGAGGUACCGGCUGUCAGCGGCAGGCAGGGCUUUCCAAUGCUCUCUCUCCUGCACCAGAAGCAUCGUUGCCAUGGUGAACUCAGGGCUGUGGGCGGCAGGUAAGUGCCAGAGGAUAUACUGAUGCCAAACUGAGUGCAUGGGCCACAAACAAUGCUGCCCCUGUCACACCCCACUUUCAGCACUUUUUGAAAACUAUUGUCUAUCGCCAGCCCUGUCUUCUCUGCAGCUCAGUGCAAAGGUGAAGAGAGAGGAUAGGGUUAGGGGAAAGAGACUCCAGUAGGCCUGAGGUUAGGGCUGGAGCAUGGAGUUGGGGAUAAGCAGCAAAAGCACACUGGGACUUACGGGUGAAAUGUAUUUGAAACAGAGGGGAGGAUUCUAGCUUUUCUCUAGUGGGGCUCCUGUGCCCAAGAGCUCCCUGCCAGGCAGAAAGCCAUCUGGAAUGUCUUUGUCCCUGCAUAGAGAUGUGGGCUUGGGGUGGGAUGGGGGGAAGCGCCACACCUGUUAAAGUCACAGGAGCCCUGCUGGGAAAAAGGUGGCAACCUGACUAAGAGCACAGGCCAAGAUUUCCAACUUUGCAAGCAACCACAGUAGCUGUGCCUUCAGCAACAACUUGAUGUACAGCCAUUAGCAAGUGAUGCUUAUCUCCUUGCUGCAAAAAGUUUCACUUGCUGAUUUCUGCAGAGGGAGGUACUGUUAAAAGCACAAGCUCUGGUCACUAUACAAACCGAGCUGGCUGCGAGGGUAGUCCCAAACUUAUUUCUAUCCUCCAGUGUACUGAUGAAGAACCUGUGGCCCUUGUGAUGUUGCUGGGCCACAGUUCCCUUUAACCCUGUCCAUUAAACGAGCUGGCUGGGGCUGACAAGAGCUUGAGUCCAACGGCAUCUCUAGAGUCACUGCUUCCCCAUCAUUGCUGCAAUACUGUAGAUUGAAGCAAACAAACCAGUUUACUCUCCCUGUUCCCCUCAGGCUUCCAAAUUCCUGCAAGGCUUCCUGAAAUCCAAUGAGACAGCAGGCUGUCCCAUGCAAAAGAAGACACUGUCCCUGUAUCUGUCAUAGCUGCUUGCACGGUACUAUUUUUGCAGGAACGAAAACAGAUUCCCUUUCCUGCAAAAUGACUAAAAUGGCUCAGAGCUCUUUCUUCCUUUGUAUCUGGCUACCCUAGCUGUUUCCAUCCCAGUGUUUUCCUGCAGAGGGUGCUGUAGAGAGCCAAGGCAGGAGAAUGAGGACCGGCUGCUAGGGGUAGGAGGAGCGCUGCCCGGAGGCUGUUUUCUGGGCUUCUGUUUUUAGCUGGGGUUUCAGUAAAUUGGAGUCUGUUUUUAAAACAUCUAAAAAUGUGAAAGGGAAGCAGAAGUGAAAGCCAGCAAAGGGUGGCCGGCAGUUUGGAGGACUGCGGUGGAGGAGGGGAGAGGCUGGAGAAGCAUCAUCUCUCAGGUCCAGCUGUAGCUGCCGGGUUCCCGUGAGAGAGAACUUGUGCAAAUUUAAGAGCCAUAGUGAGGAGGAAACUCCUGAAAUUAUUUCAUGAGUGACGUGACAACUGGUAAAAUUGCCACUUUAAAAAAAUAGGCCUUGCUCCUGUAUCUCUAUAGCAGUAAUUCGAGAUUCAGACAUUCAGCUGGUGAGGCUCUUCCAGAUGUGGAGAUAAAACUUUCCCCAACAGAUUUCUGAAGAAAUUCUUGUAUGUCUGGCUGCUGUUAAAGGCACGGGCAGGACCCCUGAAAACGUCUUACUUCCCUAAAGCAGCAGUCUUGGGCCUUUUCAGAUUCAGGACGUGCUUUUUCACGCUGCUGUGCAACUUCAGACCCACUCUUCAAUGUUCUGCCAUUUGUACGUUUUUCUUCUCCCUUUGUUUUUCGCCAUUUCUGGGCUCUUCCAUAGUGUCAACAUCUUCAGAUGGGAUUCCAUCGCAUAGUGACACAUUCAGGUUGCACAAUUUGGAGUUCUUGCUCAGCAAACCUGCUUCCCCAAAGAAGCAGACUUUCUGUGGUAAGCAAAGUGGAAACCGUAUGAUGACAUCCUCUUGACAAUAAGGAUGACAAAAUCUGCCCAUUUGGGUUUCUCUGAGUUUCUCAUUUUUCCAGUCUUCAAUGCAAUUCUCCACAUUUCCACAUGAGCUUGCAACUUAAGAAGAAAAAAGUUCUCACAAAAGGACACCAGCAUUUUAGUGUGAAUUUUGCCUAUUAUAUACACACACAUGUCUGUUUGUUCAAUUUUGCCUAACUCAGAGAACUGAAUUUUGAAGAAUGGCUGUGUUUUGGUUUGUGUAUUGUUUUGGAAAGUACAUAAAGUAUGUAAAUUCAUCUUUAAAUAAGAACUGAAUAGGAUCCCACUCCCCCGCCCAAUCCGUCUUUGAAUCAGUGUCUCCUGCAAACAAAUCAGAAUGAAUUCUCAAUAAAAAGUCAGCAUAGUCUAACCUCCUUGCAAAUGGAUCAGGAUGAUUGCUCAAGAAAUAGAUUGUUUAGAAGCAACAUCUCUCUGCCUCUCUCCCCUUAUCUUCUUCUCCAAUUGUCUGUUUCUUUGUGUGUUUCCCUUCCUUUUUAAAAAAGACAGUAAGCAAAAUAGUUUUGGUGCCUGUGGUCUGACCAACUUCAGGUGAGGGUGCAGUAACUGACUUGUGGGUACCAACCCCACCAGUUGACGACUAGUGCUGAAGCAUCUCUGAAUGUGGGAUGGCUCCGUUGGUAGAGCCUCUUAAUUUCAGGUUCACAGGUUGGAGCCCCACAUUGGGCAAAAGGAUUCCUGCAUUGCAGGGGGUUGGAUUACAUGACCCUUGUGGCCCCUUCCAACAUUACAGUUCUAGGAUUCUAUGAAUGCUACAGGUAUUGGAGACACUAGCUGCCUUCAGACAAGUCUGAGAUGACUGUAAAGAACAGAAUUGCCAGAUUGUAACUUAGAGAAUUUACUUCUGCUUUAAACCAUACUCAUGUAGCAGAAGAAGUUGCUGCUUCUGGGCCUCCUACCCUAACCCUUCCCACAUCUUGCUGCUGAAAGAAUCAGAAAGGAGGAUGGAGGGCAAACAGAGAAUUGACUGGGACAGGAGAUGCAGCUGGACACACUUUCACUGCUUUUGUGUGGUUAAAAAGUAAAAGGUAGAAUCUCUGGGUUGUAACCUGAUAGCCAUAGUGUAAAAAUAUAUCUCAGAUACAAACAAUCCUGUUCAUAAACAAUAUGUUUUCACACACACCUAUUACUCACUUCAUGCACAUAGAUGCACACAGCCAUGCAUAACACCCCAAGCAUCUUGCAUGUGCACACAUUGCCACUUUUAGUGCUGCUGUUUCAGUUUGGUUGAGUGUCAGCAGUGUACUAGGUCCUGUACAGAAUUUGCAAGAAAAGUAAAAAUUCAGUAAGAGAAGCCUUUGCAGUAGGACAGAGUUUUUGUUGUUGUUGUUUGCUGAUCACAAAACAUUUUUCCUGCGAUCCAUAUAUUAUUUUUAUAUUUCUUGUUUACUGAAUAUAUUGGUCGCUUUUUAACCAAGGCAAGCCAAAGCAACCUACAGUAUAUAAACAAACACAUCUAUGAAAACUGGCAUAAAAAGACAAAGAAAAAUCUAAACGGCAGAUCUGUUUUUUUAAAAAAUCUAGAUUAAAACACCCCACCCACCAGGGGUGCCAACUUGAAUAAAAUAUUGUGGGGGCCCAGGUAAGCCCCACCCCACAAAAUUGAUAACAUGAUGCAGUGCGCACACACCAUUUGAAUGGGAAUGUCCAUCAACUUUGUGGAGGCCCGUCCCCCUAAAAUAUUUUAUUGUGGGGGCCAAUGCCCCCACAACCCCCAGGAGUUGGCUCCUAUGCCACCCACUCAAAGCUACAGAAAAUUAAAAGCCAAAGGCCUGGGGAACAAUGUAAUGUAAUGUAAUGAUGGUGCCAGGCAAGCCUCAUCAGGGAGAGCAUUCCACAACAGGGAGCCACCACUGACAGGGCCUGUUCUCCUGUUGCUGCCCUCUGGUCCUCCCAUGAAUGGCCUCAGAGGACAAGUUCAGGGUCUGGGUUGGUUCAUAUGGGGAGAGGCAGUCCUUGAGGUAUUGGGGUCCUGAGCCACAUAAGACUUUAUAGGUCAAACAAGCAUUUUGAAUUGGGCCCAGAAACUAACUGGCAGCCAGUGCAGUUGGGCCAGGAUUCGUGUUAUGCGUUCAGACUGUACUCCCCCAGUGAGAAAGACCCCUGCAGAACUACUUUCUUGUACAUGCCACACAAGUGUCAUUUCUCUUGUCUUUUCGGCACCUAAUUUUUCAGCGCCUUCCUUUUUUCACAAGCCUUUUAAGCAAAGAUUUUUAGAUAGUAGAUAUACCUGAUUUGAAUUUCUAUUAAUUGUUUAUGUUUUUUAUUGUUAAUUAUUUUGAAAUGAUUUCAUGGGAAGUAAUUCAUAAGCUGAAUAAGUAAUUGUAAAUAAAUAACAGAGAAACUGACAUAAUUCUUACCCACUGUCAAAAUAUUUUAGGGCUGCCACAUUUUCAUCUUGCUGGGCUCCUGCAUCUUUAGUAUUUGUUAGUCCUUUGUAAUAUUUGAUCCCGGAACUCCCUGACAGGCAGAAAUUCAAUACAGAAGGGUUUUCCUAUCCACAUCAGAAAACGUGUUGCCAUUUAAAUUUUCUGUUUGUCACAGAAGUCUUGCUAGGAGUUUGGGGUGUGUGUGUGCACAUACCAAUUCCUCAUAGGGUUUGAUCAACAAAAUCUAAUCCUUUUGGGUUUAAGAAUGGUAUCUUAAUUCCUUGUAUUUGUAAAUUGAAUGAACGAGCCCAUUGAUGGGAAGGUGCAUUUAAUCUGAAAAUAUGGCUCUUCCAUUUUUGGUACCGAAUUAACAACAUUCAAAGAAGGUGAGUUUGGAUGUCAUGUUUGUGUAUCUUGUGGGCGGGGGGGGGGGCGUAACCCUUUAGCUUAUUAUUCUUUCUCAAAACCAACUUGCUUGCCUCUUACUCAUACAUACCUACUGCCUCCCCUUUAUCUUUGAUCAGAGGUUAUAGAAACUGCUGAUUUUUAUCAUUCUCACUAUCGGUCGCCUUACUGUAGGUUGCUUGCAGCAAUGAGUUCCACUUAUACUGAUCAUUCUGUGUACAGUGCUGCCACCUGUUCCUCCUGCAGUUACUCUCCUGCCUCUAACAGCAGUUUGACACUCAGAAAUGGAGUAGGUGAACUUUUGCCCAUCAUUUCAUCAAUGCAGCAGGAAAAAAAGCUUCAGCUGUUUUAUUUCUGCUUGUCAUUGUCAUUUUAAAAGGAGGCAAGGUAAUUGUGAAUAUUCCUCAGUAUUGUUUUGAACCUUCUUUUACUUCUGAUGUUGCUUCACAUCUACAUCACCCCCUUCUAGAUCUUGAUUGCUAUGAAUCCCAUGGAGAUAUCAUGGAGGGUGGUGGUUGGAUUCUGAGGACGAAUGGGUGGAGCUUGGGGAGUUGGAAAUGGAUGACCUUGGGGAGCGUCCUAGCGGAAUGGGGAAUGUGACAAUGGGACCCUGAGAUGUGCCUGAGCCUGAGGAGUAGGCCAGAAGUCUAGGGAGUGGAGAGCUGGAUCCAGGACAGGGUUGGCAGAGGACUGUUUCACCCCAUGACAUCAGACACUCCUAGUCAGAUCAAGCCAGUGUGAACCAGCCCAUUUGCUUGCAGUGAGGACCAGGACAGUUUGAUCCAACCCCUACAAGCCCGGACCUCACAUCAAGACUGGUGACCAAUAACUGCAUGGCAGCAACUAGGACAACUUCAUUGCAACCAUGAUCAAGUCCUUCCAGCAACCUUAGAAGAAGGAGACACCCACAUGUUGGCUUCAGAAUCAGAGGCAUGGGAGAAAAUCAGUGGGUGAUUACACCAGUGCGUUUAGACUGUAGGCCCAGGACUGGAAUUGGAUUGACAAGGUGUAUAUGGUUCAGUACCAGCUGGGGCUAAAUGAUGAGAUCCUUGAUGAAUUGGGGCAAACAGCUCUGCCUGGCAUCUGAUCAGCCCUCAUUUAGCUGUGCCUGAAAAUAGGUGGUAGACCUGAAGGUUGCCUGGCGUUCCAGUACCACGCUCCGGCAGACAUUUCCCAUUGUAGUGUGCAAACAUCAUCAAUUUCAGGGGAGGAAUUCAGAUCGGAUUAGCAUGUACCCGGUUGAUGGAGGAUGAGAAGACAGGAAGGUGAAAGAAGUGUGCUUGCCUCUGUUGUGGGAAGGUGAGGCACUGUGCCGUGGUGUGUUCAGCCAAGGUGGUUGUCAAGACUCUGGUACUAGAAAACUCAAAAUCCUAACUCUUGUAGAGAUCUGGGAGCUUGGACCACAGAAGGAGUGUGGACCUUCCCAGAAGGCCCCUGAAGCUCCACCACCACACAAAUCAGCCACCCCCCUGCCUACUGUCUUGCACACCCCUUUGGGGAAAGGGGUGCCUACUUGAGUCAUGAUAGACGCAGGAGCCUCUAGCAAUUUCCUGGAUUGGGACAUUGCCAAUCAGUAGGGCAUUGGUUCAUGGGAGCUCAGUGAGUCACUCUUCAUGGAUGCCAUUGACAGUAGAGCAACGGUGCCUGGCACAAUCAUGCGGGCGACUGCACCUGCUACUCCUGAAGUUGCUGGACCCCCAAGAAGAGCUGACAUUUCACCUGGCAACCCCACCAUGCUUUCCCAUUAUGCAGGGGGGGGUGUGCCCUGGUGCACUCAGCACAACUUGUUCAUCUCGUGGGGGCAGCGGUCCAUGGCAUUUUCACUUCUAUCAGCAGUACUGCAAGAAAACAGGAUGUGUUGGCUGCAGCCACUGCACUUUCUUCCCCUGAAAACACCUUGCCCCCUUUCACAGCAAACAAGGACAAACUCCCAGCCAAGUAUGCCAUCUUUCAGGAUUUGUCCUUCAAGAAAGAGGCUUGCAAGCUACCACCACACUGUCCCUACACUGUUUUCAUGGUACCGCAGCAUCCCCAUUGCCACCAAGAUGGACCCAGGAAAGGCAGCCACCUUGAACCAAGAAGGGUUUUCAGCAUCUCAUGGCGUUCACAAAUUACUCCUGGAACUUCAUUGUCUCUUUCCCUUACUGUGCCAUUGACCAACUGCCUGAAAGGUGGGAAAUCCUUUCAGUGGACCGAGAAGGCUCAAGAGGGGUUUUCAUGGUUGAAGACAAUGCCUCUGAUGUGCCUAUUGGGGUAGUGUUGUUGUAGACCAACCAAGGAGAAGGAGUUGGUUCUGCGCGCAUACGAUUCUCGGAAACUGACUCCUCCCAAGCAGACCUACUCCAAAUGGAAGAAAUGAGGAAAGUGCACUGGAAUAUGUUGGAUAACACUCACUUGAUGAAACGUCAUCUGAUCUCCCCACAGCCAAAUCAUGAUGAGUACUUAUUAAAUAGCCAACAUGGUCUAAUCUUUCUGCAAACAAAGCAGCCUAGAUGCACAUUAAAAGGUUGCCUGGAAGCAACCAAUAACAUUGUUAUCAUACCUACUAAUAGUGAACUCAAGAGUGCCAUUCCCUAGGAAGCCAAAACAGCAAUAAUAAGGGAGGUAUUGGCCAGCUUGGAGGCAUCUUGUGCUUUGCAAAAGUAGUUUUUUGGGGGGAGAGACCUCAGAACAGCACGCUCAGUAGCUGCAGAAUUUUGAAUGCCCAUUGGAGUGGGGAUGAAAUCAAGUAUCCGGGGAAAUGGCAUGACUGGCUGGAACCCUGAACCAAGAGCAUACUGCUCUGCAACAUUUUAUUGCAUGUCCCACUUAUUACCCAGAAUGCUUUGCUUAUUUCUCUCAGCAUGGGGCUAAUUGAAGGGUGCUGGAAGGCAGAGCAGGAAGCAGAGUUUGGGGAAUCUUGGUGUGUAUUUGACCCUAUCCGCACUGUACAUUUAAAGCCGUAUCAUACCACUUUAAACAAUCAUGGCUUCCCCCAAAGAACCCUGGGAACCAUAGUGCUAAGAAUUGUUAGGAGACCUCUAUUGGACUUACAGAACUACAGUCUCCAGAUUUCCCUGGGAACAGGGAUUGAUUGUUGAACCACUCUGGGAAUGGUAUCUCUGUGAGAGGAACAGGAGUCUGUUAGUUCCCUCACAGUGCUACAAUUUCCAGAGUGGUUUAACAGUCUACUCCUCCUCACAGGAAAUUCUGGGAACUGUCAUUCCAUGAGGGAAAUGAGCAUUUCCUAACAACUCUCAGUACCCUUAACAAACUACUUUUGCCAGAAUUCUUAGGGGGAAGCCGUGACCGCUUAAAGUGCUUAAACCGUAUGGUGUGAAUGUGGCAGAUGCCUGAGGCUGGUGCGACUCAGCGGCCAACAUCUGGAGGGCCACAGAGCCCCCAGCCCUACACACAUGAGUGCGCAGGGCCAGCCCAGUCAUGAGGCAGAGUGAAGCAACCGCCUCAGGUGGCAGAAUACUGCGGGACGGCGCUCCCACAAGGUUGCAUAGCAACUGCAGUGGCAGCUUCUGGUGAGAUUAUAUAGUAGUUUAUUAUUUAUACCCCGUCCAUCUGGCUGGGUUUCCCCAGCCACUCUGGGCAUCUUGCAACAAAACACUAAAAUACAAUAACCUAUUAAACAUUAAAAGCUUCCCUAAACAGGGCUGCCUUCAGAUGUCUUCUAAAAGUUUGGUAGUUAUUUUUCUCUUUGACAUUUGGUGGGAGGGCGUUCCACAGGACGGGUGCCACUACCAAGAAGGCCCUCUGCCUGGUUCCCUGUAACUUGGCUUCUUGCAGCAAGGGAUCCGCCAGAAGGCCCUCGGUGCCGGACCUCAGAUUUCAUGUUUUCCAACGCAUGCAUGGCAAAAAUUAUCCUUUCUGGUGGAGUUAGGCGAUCAAACUAACCCAGGUGAGAGAGAGCUCGCCUCAGAGUAGUUUGCCCAUUGGCACGAACUCUCUGUGCCACACUGCCUGGCUGCAAGAGGAAUCCUUGCCCUCCUCUACCAUCCCCACAGCUGCUCCCCCCAGAUUUCUGAUCAGGUGCAGAAUAUGGUGCUGCACGUUGCCUAGAGGAUGUGUUUUAUGAGGUGACUAAUAUAUCUAAUAAAUAAAUAAGCGUGGUAAAAUUCUCCUCAGCCUUUGACAGGAUGAUGCAGGGCACCAAUACAGAUGACCAAACUGCAUCUUGGGAAACGUAUAACUGUUUGUAUAUCGUCUUGUCAGGAGAAUUUUUGCCACACGGAAGGUAGCAAAAUGGUUGCCUGUAGUGGACUUAAUGUGCAGCUACCGCUGUUACACAUGCACUUCGGCUACAAUUUGGUGGAUGUUAUUCAUUUAAUGAGAGGACCCAACUCAGGGGGCGGCCCCACUUUUUCUUGGACUCUCCACCCGUCAACUGCCCCCCACAUCGCAUGCUGAGGUCUAGCCUAGCUCAACAGGGCUUCCUUAUUAGAGUGUGACUCAUUAAGCAUAUGCAAAUCAGACAGGAACAGCCGGUGAUAAGGCUCCAGUCUUGGGGGUGGGAAACGGAAAAGACAUCUUAAGAGGAAGGCAACUCUCUACCCCCCCCAUCCCUGUCCUGCACUGCAGGGCUGGUCCAGGUAGGAGCUGGAGGGCCAGGAGAGGGCAAAAGGGACCCUGGAAGCAAGGAGGGCGUUCCUUUUUUAAAAUUGCUUUGGGUGAGGCAGCUUUUAGGCCAGACUGGAGCGAGAAAAGCAGUGUAAAACCUGCUCACUAAAGCUUUCCAUUGUGAAUGGUGGGGGUGGAGGGAGAGUUGACUUCGAUCACUUUCAGUUAUAGUAUGUAGGCCCAGCCGUGCCCGAAAUGGUUACAGUUGUGUUCCUCAGCUGGGGCUAGUUGUUAUUAAGAAAAUUUCCCCCACUUCAAGCUAAGAUACGUGCAGUUCUAGCACGGGACCAAAAGUGCCCAGAGCGGGGAAGUCCACCCCUGACUCUCCCCAGUUGCAACCAAAUCGCACCUUCCCCUCCCAGGUACCUCGCAGUGUUGUGUGUGCCUUGUUUGGCUGCAUCCUCAACUGGCAGCACGUUCACUAAGGGCAGGAUUAGGUAAUUUGAUUUGUGGGGAUCUUGGGGGCCAGGAACUGAAAUGGAUGACUUUGUGGUUUUAACAAUCUGUGGAAGUUUUGUUUCGUUUUGUUAUUUCUAUUCCCCGCUUCUCAACUUCGUGAAGCUGGGUGAGUGGUUGCCUAGACCCUCCUUUUGCAAGGUUUCACUUUCUGAUCUGAGCUGCUGGGGUCUCCCCAAACAUAUUGGGCCUUUCCAAAGAGUGUUCUAUAGAAUAGAUUUUUGUAGUGCUAAAGUCACACAAACUGGGGUCUAGCAUUUGUAGUGCAAUAUCUUCUUCCUUUGUAGUGUAGCUUGGGAGGUGGUGGGAAGGAGAGGAUGUAGCGUAUGUUGGAAAGCAAAAGUAUGCCUCUUUUUAUUUAUUUUGUGCACAUGAUCCAUGUUAGAAAAAAGCAACCUUUAGCUCUCAUCUUUGCACCUUCUGCCAUGCCACCCCUUCUAUUUGGACCCAGUUAUGUAUAAAUAGGGGUGUGGGAAAGCGGGGAAGGAGUCAAGUUGGUUGGUGAUGCCAAAUUAUUUAGGAGAAUCAAAAAAUACAAUAGAACUAAAUGAAAAACAUGAUGGCAGUAAGAUUGCAAAAUGAGAUAACAAUAAUGAUGAUGAUGAUAACAACAACAACAAUAAUAAAUACCCUGCCCAUCUGGCUGUGUUUCCCCAACCACUCUGAGCAGCUUCCAGCAAUAGAUAAAAACAUAAUAAAAUGUCAAGCAUUAAAAACUUCCCGAAACAGGGCUGCCUUCAGAUGUCUUCUAGAAGUUGUGUAGUUCCUUAUCUCCUUGACAUCUGAUGGGAGGGCGUUCCACAGGGCGGGUACCACUGCCGAGAAGGCCCUCUGCCUGGUUCCCUGUAGCUUCACUUCUUGUGGGAGGGAACUGCCAGAAGACCCUCGGAGCUGGACCUCAGUGUCCAGGCUGAAUGAUGGGGGGACCACCUCCCACAGUGAGCACUGGAAGGGAGGGUAAGUCGCCUUUAGGGGCCUGGUCUUCUCAUGGAUAUUCCAGGUUCCUCCUCUGAAUUUUCUGCUUCCAUUAAAAAGAGAAAGAAACUAUUGUUUUUACUUGCAGGAGAUAACUAGGAAAAACAUGCAAGCAGUGUUCUGCCCUCUUGCUCAACGAAAAGUAAACUGCUUUUCAGUGUUGGCCACUGAAAUGUCUUUCCAUUAUAUUGGUCAAGAUAUAGUAAGACAGAGAUGGGAAUCUGCCAGAAGUUAUUAGACUCCAUUUUCCAUCAGCCUUAGCCAGCAGGGCCAAUGGUCAGCAGGGCCGGAAGCUCCAGAGGGUGGCACCACUGCCACUGUGCAGCCACUGCAUGCCACCUCCAGUUGCCCACAGGGCACACACUGCUGCUGGGUGACCUCUUCCUCCUCCUGUUCCUCUGCCACUGUGACUGUGUCCUCCCCACUGUUGCGUCUCCUCUUACACCGCCUGGAGGCAGCCUGGGGAAUCUCUGGUUUGCUUGGCUGGCAGGUGGUCUGCUGUGUAGGCUGUAGAGAGGUGGGGAUAGAUGUGGGGCUGGGCAGUAGAUGCCCAGUGCUGAUGAAGAUCAGGAGGGAGCAGAAGAUGGGGGAUAGCUCCAGGGCUUUUGCCUCAAGCAGCAAAACGACCUGGGCUGGCCUUAAUGGUCAGGGAUGAUGAGUGAUGGCGUCCAAUAACGCAGGAGAGCCACAGAUUGCCCAUCCCUGAUCCAACUAGGCAUAUAUUUUCAAAUUCUAUGUAAUGUAAAUGUUACUGUAUUGAUAUUUAAAUACUUUAGAUUAGUAUUUAGGUUCUGGGUGUUCUGCUCUGGUUCCCCCCACUGCCGCUUGGUGUACCAUCACAAUCUGAUGUAGCGCUCACCCCCAUUUUCCUUCCACCCUCUUUUCUUUCUCUCAUAGAAGUAAGAAUGUCUAAGCCCCUGGAGCUGGAGAAGGCGCGGCUGGAGCUGCAAGAGGAGCACACAGGUAGCAGUGCCUGGAGGGAAGGGAUGGGGAUUUGGUCGUUCAUUAUAAUUUUUAUGAACUAGCAAAAUAUCUGUCAUUAUGAGCUUUGAAAAGUGGGUGAGGGAUGGGAGACUACUGUGAUGUGCACAGUGAUCUCUAGAGUGAUCUCACCUCAGUACAGACUUCUGCGCUCCCCCAUCACCCAACAACGGUGCCCAAAAGCCAUUUUCCUUUGUCCCAUAACCCCACAGUUGCAGGGAGACCAUGCCUCAGCUUUCAUUUGCAUUGCUCUGUCCUGAGUUCCAUUCUUUGGUCCUAAUGGAAUGUGACAAACCGACUAGCUUAGGAACUAGCCUUCAUAUAAUAUAUGAAACACAUGUUUUGUAAUAUGUACACUUCUUAUUUUGUAAACUCCCUGGGGUGAUCAUCUCCUCCUCCUCCUUCGCCUUACUGUUAUUGUAAAAUAAAUCCUCCCAAUGUUCUGCAUUUUAAAAAGUUUUUCGGACCCAAUAAAUUAGACUAAGCAAUAAGUAUGCAGCUAAGGUAACAUAUGAUUUGCACUAGCAAGUUUUUAAAUGAGUCUUAGUGAAGCAAAUUUGGGGGAGAGGGGCAAAGUUAGGCAUGAUGAAAAAUGGUCAUGUGGGGUGUCUGGGGACUGAGAAGAGAAGCAGUGAGAAGUCCUGAAAGCGAUUGUUUUAGGUGAGCAGACGGAAUGAAGCAGAGAAUAAAUGGUAGAAGGAAGGCUGGGUGGGAAGAAGCAGCCAAUGUUUGGUACAUGGCCGUGCCACUUAACUGUUUAGUGAGUCAGCUUACCCCUUGGUAGAAAGAAGGGAAAGCACCAAAUAUCAGACAAAAAGUGGGGAGACCUCAGAGGUUUGCCUACCUCUAUAAACAUGCUACAUGUACAAUCCAUUAAACAUUCAGAAAAAAGCUUGUGUUUUUAGAAUUUACUGUAAUGUAGAAAUGAAUGCAGAUAUUACAUACAAAACCACCUAGCCUUUAUAUUAUAACAACAACUCAUUUCAAAAAUGUAAUUAAGUCCCUUUCUUUAAAACUAUACCAGCAUUGUCCAAAACGCCAGAAUUAUAGUGUGGUUUGCAUAUAUAUCUUGAUUUUAGAGUGAUCCUACACUUGGGCAUGUGUGUUCAUGCACGUACAGUACCAUAAGGAACCUCAUAGCCAUGACUGAAAUCCUGCAAGCGACAGAGAAAGGCACAGGACCUGUGGGGAGAGGAGGAGAAGAAACAGGCAUGGCAGGCUUGAUGUGGCCUAUGGGACUCCUAUUUGGGAAUGUAGGCCUUGGGAGGAGGGUUCAAGGAAUGGGGAUUAUUGAAGCGAUGGCUUUGAAUGGAAGCUUUAUGACAAUUAUCUCCUUUGCUUUCAGAUACAGAAAGAAAUGGACCUGACACAAACCACCAGGUGAGAAAAGGUGGCCAGAAGCUGGAGGUUUAAAGUAGUGGCACAAAUGUUGUUGUGGCAGACAAGGGGCAUGCUCUUAGUCUGUCCAUGCUGACUUCCUUUUUCUCUCUUUGUCCCUUGCAGACCCAGCAGAGCAAACCUUCCCCGUUCUCCCCAUCCCCAACCAGCACCGGCACCAAGGUAAGUGGCAUCCUCUAGCCAACCCACUUGCAGCUUCCACUAGCACCACUGCAGGGGACAAUGUUUCUCUGCCAGUUCUCACCAUACUCAAAAGGGAAGACAGUUUCCCAUACAUGCUUGUAAUAACAGUAGGGACCAUCUUCCAACAGUUUGCAGGGCUGCUUUUUUAUGCUUCUUUGUGCUCCCCGAUAUGGGGAACAAGGUUAAGUGUCCUCUAGAUACCAUCUAUGGGGAAUAAAAAUGUCACCUCUCAUCUGCAACCACCAUAGCCAAGUCUAGGAGAAUGGAGGUCAGAGAGGGAAGAAAUCAGGUUGCAGGUUAUAAUAUUAAUCAGGAAAUAGGAAUCCAAUUUUGCAGUGCCUCUGACUGGGGAACCUCUGAACUUUAGCACCCAAGCCACACUACCACUUCACAAGGAGGAGAGAUUUGCUUGUUUUGUGAAUGGAUGUGUGUAUGUAUGAAAAAAUGUAUAUAUAUUAAUAAAUAUAUCAAUAAAUAUAUUUUAAUAAAUGUAUAUAUAUAUUAAUAGGUAAAAAUAAAGGUAAAAUAUGUUAAUAGUUAAUAGGUGUGUUAAUAGUUGUAUGUGUGUAUGUUCUGGAAUGUGGACUCCAGCAGUUUCUAAUGGAGGUAAUGUGGACCUUGGUUCUGUGUCCUGCAAUAAUGCUUUAUCAUAUCACAUGUGAAAUAAUAAUAAUAACAUGGGUCAGUGGAAGCAUUUGGGUGAAAAGGGAGGCUGAGGUACCUAGCUAUGUUCACUAGCAGCUGCCACCAGAGGGAGCACCGCAUCAAUUUGCAGUGCCCUUCGUGAAGAGGGUAGCCGCAUUCUGAUCUUCACAGUGGUUUGGGAGGUGCAAAUCAAGCCAGCUUGUAUCAGAAUUCAGAAAGAACAAAUUCCUGAAGUAUCCCUAUUUAUUAUGAUAGAGGUGUAUAAAAUUAUGCAUGGUAUGAAGAGAGUGGGUAAGAAACUCACCCCCCCCAUCAUAAUACUAGGACCUAGGGCCAUCCAAUAAAGCUACAUGUUGGAAGUUUCAGGACAGACAAAAGGAAGUACAUUUUUUCACACAGCAUGUAUUUAAACCAUGCAAUUCACUACCAAAGAUGUGAUGGCUUCAAACUUAGCUGGCUUGAAAAUGGGAUUAGACAGAUUCAUAGAGGAUAAGGCUAUCAGCAGUGGCGGAGCUUGCUGCUCCGGCACCCGAAGCAGGGCAUAUGCUGGGCGGGGCUAGCCGCCUGCAGGGGCAGGGCUAGCCGCCAGGAGCGCUGACGAGUCUCGGGGGGGAGGUGCUCUGGCGGCGGGAGCCUUUCAUGAUUAAUACACUGAUAAGUUUAGGCAAUAGGUUUAUUAGAGUGAAAAGAAUUUGGAAAGGACAGGAAGUCAAGUUUACAUUUCAUUCUCCUUCUCAGUGCUCCUUCUUGAUUCUCUGAAGACCAGUGGUCCAGAGGGCUGUUUAAAUGCCUUUUUACAAAAAGGAUUUCCGAAUGGCCUGUGCUGUGCUUUGAAAUCCCAAUAAGUGGGGCUGCAAAGGGUAACAUGACCUGCCACCCGUCUGUCAAAUUUUGUCCAGCAGGGUUGGAGAGACAAGGAUCCAACCCACUCGCCAGAAAACAUUCUCCACCUCUGUUUAUCAGUGUGUUUAUCUGUCUUAGCUGACCACUGUUUCCUCCAGAUCUCCUGUGGUUCUCUAAAUGCUGUACUGCAACUCCCAUCAUUCCAUGCUAAUGGGAGUUGGAGUCCAAAGACAUCUGUGGGCCACAGGUUCCCCAUCCCUACCCCAGAACCAGCUAUGGUGGCUGUAGAUGAGUGAAUUCUAAGGGAAAGUAUCAUUUCUGCAGUGCCAUGAAGUAUUAUUUACUACAUUUCUAUUCCAGUCUUCAUUUGGAAAUGAACUUACAGGUCCCUCAGGCUAGUCCUCCCAUCAGGUCACUGACCUACCGGUACCUACUUAGCUUUAAAACUCUGGUUUUUUUACAGCCCCUCUAUAUUUUCUGGUUAAACAAAUGUUGCUGUGUUUGGAAGCACAACAGAAACCUGCAAAACCCACUUUGUCCCAGGACUGGAAUCAUGAAGUAAUUCAAUACCCCCCCCCCAGUUGAUUGAUUUCUGAGUAACUGAAGAAACCUAUUUUUUAUUUUUCUGGUAUAAUAUAUAGCUGAGUGGAAGGUUGGGUGGGUCAGAACCGUGGGCAGCUUUGUACUUUUGUAAUCAGUGUGGUAGAGACUCAUGAAUCAAGUUUGGUUUUGCGGGGGAAUUCCCUGUGCCUCAGGCCCAGCAGCAAAACAGGAAGCCAACCUAGCAAUGCGUCAGAGAGAUAGCAUCAACUUCCAGUUGUUGGGAUUUUAGUGCUUGUGUUGCUCUUUGUCCCUUUAGCAAGUCGCUUGCAGCAGCAGAGUGAAUUAAACACGUGUAGGGCUGCUUACCUAGCAUAAUGUAUUCAAGUUGCUGAUUUUUUUUGUUUUCCUUGGUGUUGCUUAGCAUCACCCAGCGCCCUGGACAAUGUUCCUCAGUUCCAUUGGGCCAUCAUCCUCUCCCUGCAGUGACACAGAUAGGACUCCGUAUAUUCAAUGGUAGCCUUAAAACCCGAACCUUUUGCGCUACCCUGUGAGAGCUACCCAUUGCAUUGCUCUGCUUAAGCGCUUCUUUCAGGCUGGUAGCUCGGAUGUUAGGGAAGGGGAGAUUAUGGGCACAGGAGAGGGGGUCAGGAAGCAUGGAAGGAGAAGGAGGACAGCAUCAAAUUUGUGUCUCAAACAAGCAAUGUUGAGCUGCAACAGGAACGGAAGGAUGUCUGUCGUACACAGCUGGAGAGAGAGUCGUAGUGAUUCUCUUUCAUCUUGUUUUCUCCCUCCAGAUCAAAGCUGAAGACCCAACAGAAAUUCCUCCAGCUCCAGCCCCAGUCCCGGCUCCCCCAGCUCAGCAGCCACACCUGCCCCAGGCCCAGCUUAUGUUAGCUGGCAGCCAGCUGGCUGGGGUAAGUGGAAGGUCCUGUGACCAGACAUAGAUUACGGAGUUUGGCUUAAGUGGCCCAGGGGGUGGCAAGGAGGUGGAUACAAACAAAGGGCUGUUUCCAUGACCAGUUUUCUAACAACUGAAAGUCCUGAACUCAAGAAGCAUUGAGCCAACGUUCAUUAUGUAAAAAGCAUGGUUAUUAUUUGAUGGGAAGCUCCUCUCUUUCCAUAAAGUUGUUUCAUAGAUUAUGUAGUAACAAGUCCAGGUUUGUAAGUAUACAGAUUAGAGAGAGAGAGUGUCUUCUGACAAGCACACUGUAUGUGUUUAUUAUUUAGGUGUGCACUUGGAAAAAAUAGUUAAAGAAAUCAUGUACUAAAAGGCCUGCGGUAUCAGUUAAUGAUUCAAAAUAGUUUAAGGGAAAUAGAGGGUUGAUAGGAAGAUGGUAGCUGGGGAGGCAUGGCUUCCUGGCACUCUGGGGUGGACACUGAAGGAUGAUGAAAAGGAAAUGAUGAUUUUGAAAUCUCACCCCUCUCCUCUCCUCUGAAUGUGGUAGGUAGAGGCCUGGGGAAGUGGACAUUUCUCCAGUGCAGGUGUGGCUUGUGGAGGGGCUUAGAUUGAAACUAAAUUCUCAUUCUGCAUUGCCCUAGCAAAAUGCUGCUUAUACCUUCCUCAUAUAAGCAGUAAGGGACCCAGAAUGGCGUUGUGUGUUCAUCAGCAUUUCUCAGUAAUGUGAGAAGCUUAGGUUUGUCCACUCCAUUCCUCCUCCUGUGCCUUUCCCAGUGACUAAGGAGAAAUUCAGCACACACAGGAUUUCCUGCCCCUGAGCAUAACGUGAAAGAACAACAGCCCUCAUCUGCUUAGUGAAAUUGUCCUAUCGUGUUGAAUUAUAAGCACAGGCACUGCUGUCAGGAAAGGAGUUGACAACCAAGAGGAAUAUAUUGCUUGGCUCUCUGCUUGCUGGGGCUCUUGCUGAUGCGCUGGGUGGGAGAAGGACCCAACUAACCAGCUUCUUCCUUCUCUCUGCCUGGUUGAUUUCUCCUCCUUCCCUUUUUCGCCUCUACUCCCCUUUUGCCUGGUCACCACCUCCUGGCCUGCCAUUUGCUAUGCUGCCCUUGGUACACCUCUUCUCUGCCUUCCACCAACCCAGCUUACAGCCCUGAUGCCUGCCCAACAGCAGCUGCUUCUGCAGCAGGCCCAAGCGCAGCUCCUGGCAGCCGCCGUGCAGCAGUCCAAUGCCGCAGCUGCUGCAGCCUCCUCUCAGCAGCCUGGGGCCGAGCUGACGGCGCCACAGAACCAGCCCCAGACGCCACAGCUUGCCCUGUCGCAGCCAAUCCAGCUCACUGCACAGGUAAGGGCUUGCGCACUGGAGGCUCAGCUUGCCGGGGGUCUGGCCAGAAUGGGUUGCCCAGCAUUACACGCUCACCACCACACAGAGAACAGGGCAGAAGUCAAAGCAUAUGACAGGCUGCUCAUGCAGACGUGGCCUGAUCCACGGGUGGCAUCCAUCUGUCUCAGGAGACAAUGGAGGGGUGCGCCUUUCUGGGCGAGGUCAAACUGUUGGAAAGUUGCAGUGCCUGCUGUGGCUCUAGAGACUGAUGCGGGAGAGACAUGUUUUGUUGCAGCUGGGACAGGUGAAGGCGUUCAGUUAUGCAUUAUGUUCAGUAAUGCGCUGCGGCAUUUCUUCUCUUAUGUAGGGAUGUGCAUAGAAACUAGGAGAGGAUGUGUUUGUUAGAUAUUAUCCUUCGUGAGUUCAGCAGGGUACAUCCCUUUGUCGGCCAAAAAUAAGGAACCUGUUGAUAUGUUAGCUUUAACCUUUAGUUUUAGUAAUCCAGGAUGCUUUAUUGCAGACUGGAUUUCCUGUUAUUUCCCCCUUUUCUCCCUUAAAAACAAUAGACACGCCAAACAGUCUUCUUAUAAGUAAAGAUAGAUUUACUUGCUCAGUUUCACAAUAGCAGUCUUGAGGCAGGCUUUUGCAGACAUAUACAGUAGUGUAGAUCAAAAUGGAGUUUGAGCUGUGACUCAGAUUCAGCACUUGUCCUUCAUCCCUAGUAACUGAUGAGGCAUCGAAGAGAAGAGAAGAGAAGAGAGAGAUUGGCGAUCAGGAAUCAAAGAAAGAGCAGGCUGGGAACGUGACCGGCUUAUAUAGACUGUGCCCCUUUUACCUGGCUGUACACAGUGGAAGUGGCUCUCACAGGGGGGAUUUUCUGUAGACCCUGUGAGAUUCAACUUCCUCUGUGUGUGCCUUUCUAGCAAACACACAUUGCCACUCGCCACAACAGACCCUGGUCAACUGUAGGAGAAUCCUCAACACCUUCACCAGACUGCCGUCCCCAGCAUUAAACUGGCAUAAAUUUGCAUGGUAGAUAUACCCACACUCUUCCUCCCCUUCGCUUCUCUGUUCUAGGACAUCCAGCAGCUGCUCCAGCUCCAGCAGUUAGUCCUCGUCCCAGGGCACCACCUCCAGCCGCCUGCACAGUUCCUGCUGCCACAGGCCCAGCAGGGACAGCAAGGUAAGAAUGGCUUGUGUGUGAAAAAGAGACUGCAUAGGCCACACUCCGCUUCUCCUGGCAAAAGGGUAUUUGCAGGCAGGCAGUUCCUAGUGCAACGAGCCGUUGUUUUUCCGCUGUAAGCUGCAAAUGAAAUUGCCAUUGACUUUAUGCCCUGAUGGGGGCUCAGUGAAGUGCUCUUUCCCAACAACUUUUGAGAUGUAUAAGAAAAACGUUCUAAAAUAUUGUGGUAAGUCUGAAAAAUAAAACAUUGGCACAGGAUGAAAAGACAGCAGCAUUUGAAAAUCAGCGCUAUAAUACUCUUUCAUAGUGGAGUGGCAUGAAUAUUUUAAUAUUUAAAAAUGGUUCUAAAAGCAUUUUCAGUGUUAAUUAAAACAUUUUUAAAAGCAAAAACAACAACAAUGUAAUGAAAUGAUGCUGACUGGAAAAUAAUAAUAGUGAAGGUGAAAUGCCAAUAGGUUCGGCUGCUUUAGGCAGCAGAUGCCAAAACCAGAUGGAAAAGAAAAUGGAAGAGUAACAAUACUACAGUGAUUUACAUCUGUAAAGAUUCCACCAGUGUUUUUAUUGUUAACAACAACAACUUGGGAUUUUUUGUGGUCUGCCGAAAACCAGAAGAAGAAGCACAGAGAAGACACAGGGGGGAGACAAUGAGUUGAUGAGGUCAUGUAGAUGCCCUAUAAAAAGUGAGUGAACCAAGUGUGAGGAUAGUAAGCACCUAGUGUGGAAGCACUGUAAGGCACGGAUGGGGAAUCUGUGCCCUCCCCCCUCCAGAUGCUCUUCGAUCUACCAAACUACAGCCAAUGUGGCCGCUGGUCAGGAAUGGUGGAGCAACAUCUGAAGGACCGCAUAUUCCUCAUCCCUGCUGUAAGCCUUGGACAAAAACAAACAAACCAGAGUUCACUGUCAGCCUACAUCUACUUACCCCACCCUCAUCAAGCCCAGGUCUACCAGGAAUUAUGUUCAGUCCUGAAGGUGAUAAAAUCAUGUGUCUGAAUAUUUUCAAAGUACUUUUCCCUCACCACAGAAUUCCCCAUUUGUUCCCCCCAUUCUGGGAUGAAGAGGCAAAUUAGGGAACUGGAGAAAUCUGUUCCACUUUGCCUCAGCAUAAAGCAUUUUAUUCUCUCAAAUUAGAAUCAUGUGCUGGAUGGUAGGGGUGAGAUGAUUUUCCAAUUUUGCUUCCUCUUACUUUUCCAUUUUUCCAAUCUUAAGUUUCCACACCAGUUUGCAAUUAAAAAAAAAGAAAGUCCUCAUGAAAAUUCCAUCAACAUUUUUGUACGAAUUUAUCCUAAUAAAUUUAUUUUUGCAGAGCAAUUUUCUUAAUAUAACACUACAUUUCUAUGUUAUUUUCACAAAUAUAUGAUUUUAUAUGCAGCCUUUACUCUCAUUUAUGAAUCUUAGUGCAAAAUAACCUAGCUGGAGAACUGCGUUGCAGAAUUUGGAGAAGUAUGAAUUUCAACAAAUGGCUGUGUUUCAGUUUACACUUUGUUUCAGAAAGUGUGAAUUAAAUAGGCUCACCUUCAAAUUCCUCCCCAGUCUGCAAGAAAAGACAAACAACUGUGAAGAAUAGAAAAACCACAUUUUCUAAAUGCUGCAGUGUCCAGCUAGGCUUUUUUCUUGUCUGCACAUUUUCAGCAGUAGCUGCCAUUGUGAAUUUUUAUUUUCUCUUCAGCCAAUGAAGGAUUUUACUUCUCCUAAAUAACAACAGUGGAGGUUUUUUAGGGAUCUGAAGAAUGGCACCAAAUUGGCAGAUUUUUAUUCCGGGUUUGAUCAGUAACUUUUCACACGGUGGAAUAAGGUGGUGCUUGAUUUUGCAAAGCUGAGCUGUUCACUACAUUUUUCCCUCACAGGGCUGCUCCCGACACCAAAUCUCUUUCAGCUACCUCAGCAAAACCCAGGGAGCCUCCUGCCGAACCAGCCUCGUGCAGGACUCCCAGCACAGGUGAGUGCGUAAAAUACUCAGUGGGAACGCAGAGAUAUUACCAGCCUUGGUCUGGCAGUCUCAUUCUUCAUCUUUUAAUGCUGUACUCUUGUCUACUCCAGUAUAUCUUGCUUUGAAGAAAAGACUGUUUCACCACAGUUAACGCAAUGCAAUGAUCAUUUUGUCAGACCCUUGAAGGCAGUGGCGAUCAGGAAUUUGUUUAUUUGUUUAGUACAUUUACACCCCUUCCGUUAUGGAACUUCACGUGGUGUGGAUGGAGGGGGGAUCCUUUCCCAGUCAGUCUUCCAACCGGGCACUGAUCAGACCUCUAGACCUGCUUAGCUUCAGCAUGGUGGCUCUGUAUCCUGUGCCCUGGGACUAUGAGGAUUGUGAUCACUCAUCUCACCUUUGCCUCUGCUUAAACAGUUUUCCAGGUAUUGUUUCAAAGACUUGCAGAAAUGUCUGACCAGAGCCAACAAUGGGAUAAAAGUAAUAUGGUAAUAUGGACACCACCUGGGAAGCAGUGUCCUUUUGUCCCACUGCUUGGCCCAGGAGGCAGGGAGGGGAAAACCACUCUUUAGAGUUCAACUGAAGCGCACAACAAGUUGGGUUUUCUCCAGAUUUGCUCCAGUUUGGAGCUAGAGUGCAGGGUUUCCCUGGGAAAGGAGUGGGUCAGGCAGAAGACCACUUGGCCCCGUGAUUUCUAGGCACGGGACUGGUGGAAGUGUGGACGAGCCCUAAGCUGUUUCACUGAGGUCUUGUUCAUACAUUAUUCGGUGCUUUCGUGCAACUUGGUUCAGCGUUUCUGUGUCUUCUUUCUGCUCCCCAGCAAGUGACUCGGCCUGGCCUCCCCGAGUCCCACCUCACUCACUCACAGCCGCCCAAAUGCCUGGAGACCCCUUCACACCCUGAGGAGCCCAGCGACUUGGAGGAGCUGGAGCAGUUUGCCCGCACCUUCAAGCAGCGGCGUAUCAAGCUUGGCUUCACACAGGUACAGGCCAAGGUGUCUGGCUUAGGCUAGUCCACGAUGGAAGAGUGGGAUGUUGUUGGUUUCCCUUAGGGGGCUGUGCCAGAUGUUGCCCUGUGAACAUUUUCACUGUGAAAUAAUUAUUAUUAUUUUCUUCCCCCCCAAAGAUCUUUAUUGAAACUUAACAUAUAUUCAUAAUAACCAAAAUUCCCAAUGAUUCCCUCACAUAAAAUAUAAUAUCUAAAUUACAAGAGCUACUUAAUUAUACACUUAAUUAUAAAACCCAUCCUCUACUUCCCACCGCAGCAAUUCGACUUCUUCAUAUUUCUUUCUACCUUUUCCCCUUGCAUUCUAUAAUAAAUUAUUUUUGUUACAUUCUGAUUUUUCCUUCUUUAUUGGUUUUGUUAUUGCUUACAUUUUUUAUUCUAAGCCUAUUAGCAUGUCAUUUUUAGAACAAUAUUUUGACAUAUAAUCUUCGAAAUACUUCCACUCCAUUCUUAAUUUUUGGUUUGAUUGAUAUCUUAUAAUUGAAGUUAAUUUUGCCAAUUCUGUAUACUCAGUUUACAGACAUUUUCGCUGUGAAAUUAUUGUUCCGUUUAUUAAAUUUCUAUACCGUCCUCCAUCCAAGGACCGCAGGACGGUUUACAACAUAAAAACACAAGAACACAUAACAUAGUAACAGACAAAAACAAGAAUGACUCUCCUCUCAGUUUAAAAGGCCUUCAAUUAGCCGAAGGCCUGGGAGAAGAGGAAUGCUUUUGCCUGGCAUCUAAAGAUAUGUAACGAAGGUGCCAAGAAAGCCUCUCUGGGGGCAGCAUUCCACAAGCGGGGAGCCAAUGCAGAAAAGGCCUGUUCUCCUGUUGUCACCCUCCGGAGCUAUUGUGGAGGAGGCACACAAAGAAUCAUAGAAUUGUAUAGUUAGAAGGGUUCCCAAGGGUCAUCUAGUCCAACCGCCUGCAGUGCAGGAAAGAAGAGCCUCAGAUGAUGAUCGCAGGGUCCAGUUUGGUUCAUAUGAAAGAAGCAUCAGGUAUUGAGGUGGCAAUGUUCCCUGGAAAAAAGAGACUAAGGUCACUUCCAGAUGACGUGUUUAUUGAACAUUCAUUCCAAUUUGUUUGCCCAAAGUUUGUGGGCUGGUUAGACAUUGUUAGACAUUAGAGGCUUUAGUUGAGAUUCCUGCACUGUAGGGGGUUGGACUAGAGGACCCUUGGGAUUCCCUUCCAACUCUACAAUUCUAUGAUUCAGUGAUUUAGCAUUCAUUCUUAAUUGUUCACAGGGAGCCUAGAUCAUGUUGAUCUUUUGAUGAGGUGGUUAUGUAUCUCCAAAUCACAUUUAAUUGUACAACCUGAACUUGCUUGAAUGUGAUGGAAUCGAAAAUAGUGACAUUCUGGAAGUGUCCCAAACAUACCUAAGGCAGCUCUAGAAAGUACAUUCCCCAUGUUGGUUGCAUAAGCACAACCUUCUCUUUGGGAUCAGCCUGAGGAGUGAGGCAGAGAUCAAGCCAGUUUGAAUGCACAGCCUUAAGUAUUUUAUUAUUAUAUUAUAUUAUAUUAUAUUAUAUUAUACUAAUUUGUUUUGUUUUGUUUUGUUUUAUACACAGGCUUUUUUUUACUACUUUUAGCCAAAAAUAUCUCUAAGCAGUUUAUAAGCAUCCACAGUACAAAACCAGUAAUAUUUUCAAGAAUUUUUAACAUUAGAAAUACAUUAUAAAACAGUGGGUUGUAUUCAGCAAUUAGACCCACUGAAAUCAGUGGACUUUAGUUAGUCUUGUGGGUCUAUUCAGAGUAUGAUGCAAACCAUUAUCAGUAAUGCAAUAAAACUGAAGAGGAAUAAAAUCAGCCAACCAACUAAAAAUUCCAUAAUAUAAACACCUGGGCAAAUGAAAAGGGUUUUAAGCAUGUACCGAAGAGAAGAAAAUGUUGGUGUCACCUGUACCUCCCUAAGGGGAGUAUUCUACAGUUGAGGCACCCUUUGAUGUUUAUACAUGGUGUAUUUCUGCUAGAGAUGGGCCUCCUCUGAUGAUCUUAAUGCCCCGGCAGGUUGCAUGCUCUCGGUAACAGCUUCUCUCCCCACCUCUGUCUCUCUCCUCCACAGGGUGAUGUGGGGCUGGCCAUGGGGAAGCUUUAUGGGAAUGACUUCAGCCAGACAACCAUCUCGCGCUUUGAGGCACUCAAUCUCAGCUUUAAGAACAUGUGCAAACUCAAACCUCUACUGGAGAAAUGGCUCAAUGACGCUGGUAAGUGGAGAGGAGGAAGCGAGCAGGAAGAAGCUGAGGUCUGCUGGAGGAGGAGUUAAGGCCUCUUAGAGGCAAAAAUAAAAGAGCUUUUGAGGGUGGGUGGGAACAGGCAAUUAGAAGGAAGGUGGAGCUCAAGAUCUGAGAUAUUUUCUGCUGAGGAAGCUAAGCCCUGAUUGAGUUGGUGGAGAGGAAAUAUGUGGAAAUGAGCAGGUGUGAGGGAAAUCAUUGUCAGGGCUGGCGAGAGCAUAACGGAAUAGAAACGACUGACUUCAUUAUCUAAGAAUGGUCCCCACAUGUCUGGCUUAAUGCAGGUGUCAGAUAGGCCUGAACAGGCCUUUGGAGAGCUGGUGGGUGGACAGGGGGCCUGGCCCAAGCCUCCAAGGUCAGAGGGAGAGAAUGCUAACUUCAGGCCUUGAGGAAAAUUCACUUUAUGGGCUCAAAGUUCUGCAGGUUACUUCCCAGUAAGACAGAGCAUGGAAAAGUAUUUCCUCAUUUGCUUAAUCAGCAUAUACAUUCAACUUUAAAAUUGCCCCUUAACUGCUACUAAGAUAGAUCUUCAAAGGUUUUGUUUUUUGAACUGAGAAACUACUGUUACACAGGCUGCUUAAAAGCCAAUCCAGUGUGAACUCUCUAAAGCAGGACUCCAACAUAGUAGCCCCCUCCAGAUGUUGCUAAAUUCCCAUUAGCCCCAGCCAGCAUGAACAGUGGCCACGGAUUGUGGGAGUUGUAGUCUGAACAACAUCUGGAGGGCACCAUCUUUAAAGUCACAAGGAGAUGGCAGAGAGUCAAGGGAGUGGUGUCACUUCUCAAGGCAAGCAAGUGGAAACUAGGCCCAGUAGAGGGAAGGAUGAAGACAGCGGAACUGGAUCAAGCCACAGGACGGAGGUGACACACCAGGUGGGUGCUGUACACUGGGUGAUGAUGUUUGCAAGGUGACUAAAUGGCUCUCCCACACCUCAUGUUUCAGAGACAAUGUCUGUGGACUCCACACUUCCCAGCCCCAACCAGCUAAGCAGUCCCAACAUGGGCUUUGAUGGGCUGCCAGGCCGGCGCCGCAAGAAACGGACCAGCAUUGAAACCAAUGUCCGCUUCGCAUUGGAAAAAAGCUUUCUCGCGGUGAGGCAUUUCCCAUUGUCCAGCCCCCCACGUACCUAAAGAGUGAUAUGGAAAAGCCAGGUUUCAAAUUCCUGUUCUCCUGCGAAACUCUGACCUUGGCUGGUACAGUUCCUCACCAAACCCACAUUUCAAGGCUGCUGUAAGGACAGAAGCAGAUAAGACCAUGCAUGGGCCACCCCGGUUUUAUUCUCAGGAAGUGUGACAUAUAAGGAAAUGAAUAAAAACAAAAUUAAGCAAUUUUACAAUGUGUUCAUUUAGAUUGUAUAUUGCUUCCCAAGGCUUUCAGCAACUUUUCCUUAUCUCUAGUUCUUCAUGGGGAAAAGCUGUUGGGGAAAAAGGCCAAUCUUACUGCCCUUGGCAGCAAUUGCAAGAAAAUCAGGAGUUAUGCCAGGGAAUGGGAAUCUGAGGAACCAAGGCAAGGGUGGGGAACCUUUUUCAAAGUAAGGGCCACAUACCUUUCAAGGGCCAUGUUAGUGGUGGGUGGGGCCAGAGGCAAAAGUGAGUGAGGCAAUCAAUGUACAUAGUAAACCUUUGCACAGUAGGCAAGUUUCUAUACUCACCUCUCUAACCUCAACCUAGACAAGCAAGAGGCAUUAUCUGAGUUCAGUGACUCAUUCCUGCUGGGCAAAAAACACUUGUGAGAAUCGAGGCCAGCUAUGCAUGGGGCCUGGAGAAAGGAGGCAUAGCCAGAGAGAGUGGCAUGGAGGCUCACAUUCGGCGCUUGAUCCUGAGGUUUCUCAUCCCUGGACCAGGCAUGAGUCAGAAUCAAAGAAAACACGAGAGCCAGGAAAUCCACUUUGCUCUGGCAAACUCCUGACCCAAACAGGAAGCCCUCUAUAACUCUUCCUAUUUAGGAGGGCCCAAUGGCCAUCCUAGGAAGAGCUUGAGAAGACUUCAUUGCCCUACCUAGAAGGUGCUCCAAACUGCUGCUCUGGUGGCUCACACAGAGCCAAGGGUUCAUGGUUUUAGCCCAGGUAAUUAAUGACACUCCUAUUUUACAACAAAGGGGAAAACAAGGCUGAGAGAGUAUGACUUGCCCAAAGUCUUUAUGCCAGUCUUUGGCUGAGCUACCACUCGAACCCAGGUCUCACAAAAGAAUGGCUGACUCUCUUCUCAUUUGAUUCCAGCUGAUGGAAGUGUGUACACACCAUACAUUUAAAGCACAUUACUUUCCCCAGAGAAUCCUGGCAGCCACAGUUCACCGUUCACAGCACUUGAAAAACCAUGUGCUUUAAAUGUGUAUUUAAAUGCAAGGUGUGUGCACAGCCUAGGUGUGUGUUCUGGGUUGUUUUUUAAGUUCAUUUAACCCUCUUGCGUUUAACUGAUAGGUCAGCUUAAGCCUCACAUUAUUGGUUGUCAGAAGCAAAAGCAGGGAAAUUCUCAGCAGGAUGACUUUUUGUCAUGUACUGUGUACCAGAAAGAGCAGAGAAAGUGACACAGAGCAGCAGCAGUUCUGUGCCUCAUCCUUUCUAGUUUCAUCCGCUGCCUGUAUUUCAGGUUCACGUGAUAGUUUGGCAGCAGAUCUAACGUUCUUUAGAAUGAGUAGAACAGCCCCCUACAUGUUUCUAUGAUUUGUUUUGUUUUCUUCCUGUUGGGACUCUAUGCCAUGACUUGCCCCAAUGUCACACCAUCCUGUCCCCCCCCCCACUUCCAACACCUUCCCCCAAACUGCAGAACCAGAAGCCUACCUCAGAGGAGAUCCUACUUAUUGCCGAGCAACUGAACAUGGAGAAGGAGGUGAUUCGCGUCUGGUUCUGCAACCGCCGCCAGAAAGAGAAGCGGAUUAACCCUUGCAGCUCUGCUCCCAUGUUGCCUGCCCAGGGCAAGCCUCCUGGCUACAGCCCUCACAUGGUACGUUCCUACACACAUUCACUCCCCGCCCCCCCCGGCACAAAACUCCAUGGAAUAUGCCUGUAUGGAACAUGCCUUCUGUGCUGUGCAGGUUAGGGCCUCUUGCGGAUACCAUCUUAUCAGGGUGUCCAUUCUGCACAAUAGUUGAAUUUGGCCUUUAGAGCUUAUUUAUUUCAGUAAAAUUAUAUGCUACUUGUUUUUUUGUACCCCUCAAAGCACUUUACAAAAAAGCAAUAAUAUUUAUCGCUUUAAAAAAAGAUAAAAGCAACUGUUUAAAACUUUCAAAAAAUUUAAACCAGUGAUGUGCUAAAAUAAUAGUAACAGGUGUUGUGGUACCUACCUGUUAAAUAUUGGAAAGGUGCUAGCUCUGUUUGUCUUUUUGGCACCUGCUGAAGACUUUCCUCUUCCAGCAAGCCUUUUAAUUAGUGGCCUUUAUCCAAGUCUGCAUAUGUGUCAGGAUUAUUUCUCAGAUGCCUUAAUAGUGCUACUUUUUCUGAAUUUACUGCUCUGGGCUCCUUUCAGAGAAUAGACAUUUAAUAAAUAAAAAUGAAUAAAAUUGAAUACAUACAUGUAUUAUUUUCCUCUGCACUGCAUCUUUAAUCAUACACUUAGCUUCACAGUUUGGAGUGUGAACCCCACCCCCACUACUUUCCCCUAAUGGACAAUGCCUACAUUCCUUGCCCCCCCAUAUGAUACACAGCUUCCUUCCUUGAUAUAUCCUUUUACAUGAUGCAUAUAUUGUGCUCAUACAAAACUCUGCCUACCUACCUGAUCUUUCACUGCAACUCCACUGAGCUUGCAUUUACCAAUCCACUUACCACCCCAUUUGAUACAUGGUACAAACUUUCCAGGUCCCUAGGCUUCUUACCUUAACUUCCUCAAAUAAUGUACAUUCCUAUUGCUCACAUUACAGAAUUUAUGUCUAACAUACUUAAGUCGUUCAUGAGUUUCGCCCCAGCCUAGUCUGCUAGUUGCAUCUUAGAUAUGAUCCCCAGUCAGGGGAGAAAGGUCUUUAUGUGGAUUUUAUCCAUUGUGUCUCUGACAGUCCGUUUCUCUGCUGCAUCUCCUCCAGGUGACCAGCCCAGGCACCGGCACAAGUCUGCCCCUCUCCCAGGCUUCCAGUAGUCUGAGCACAACAGGUAGUUGUCUUUUAGUGACACAUUCCCUUCUCCCUGGGACCCCCCUUUCCUUUGCCUCCUUCUAGCAUAGCUGUCCAGUGGUGGGCUGCUGAGAGCUCAAGGUAUUGAGGUUGUGGGAAUGACACAAGAGCAGUCUGUUGGGUUAUGAGUGAGAAUGCAUCCUGAUGUUAGACUUCCAAAGGCCCAAGCGCUUUUGAGGACCCACUCUCGGCACUUGCAAAAUGCUUACAGUCAUUCAAAGCACCUGCUGCCUCCAUUGCCACCUCCUUCCCCAGCCCUGACCUGUAUACCUUACCUUGGCACAGCAAGAGGUGGCAAUGGCAGAAAAGGCAGCAGGUGCCCCAGAGGCCCCAGGAGAGCAUGUUUCCAUGCCAGGAAAGGACUGGGACUACCAGGUAAGAAAAUGCUGCUAUGCACAUAUUAUUCACUUGAGAUGAUGGGACUAGUUGUCCCAGUCCCAUACCUGGUGUGGAAACAGUGCAACACUCUUGUGCUCUCCUUUUAGCUCUGCAAAACUUACCGGUAACUUCUUGCUACAUGCUUAAGGGGACUUGGAAGCAAGACUUGGAGUGCUAGUGAGGCCGAAAAGAGCACAAGAAAGUUGUGCUUUGCUCCCUCUGCUGCUACCACAUACCCCACACACUGGGAAAUUGCCUCUGAAUUGUGAUGACCUGGCACUUGUAAUGCCGCUGGCAAUGCUAUGGCAGAUGCAGACAUAGGAAUUGUUUUGAACUUGGUGAGAUCUGCAGGCUGGAAUCUGGGGUGAUGCUCAGCCAAUGUUUCAGCAGCAGGUGAUGGCAGUUGUAUUGUCUGGUUACACCACAGCCUAAAACCAAUGCGAAGCCAUCCAACCUGACCUAGUGCUGAUAUAUUCAAUGACAUGUUAGCGCAGGAAUAUGUUUAACAACAUCCAACAAUAACAUUUUUUUUUUCUUUUAAUGAAAAACAUUCUUAGGAGGCUGCAAUUUUGGGCAGACAAAUGACAUGUGACAAGGAGGAUCUUAACUAUUUGUGUGAUGGGUUUUUUUUUUAAUGUUCAAAAGCAUAUGCGCUUAGCUGGCUUAGCUCUCCAUAGCGCUCCCAAUGUGUUUACCCCUGCAAAUUCUCAUCUGGCAUUCUGCAGAGGGAAAAGCUGUUUUGGAGAAACUGUCCAACUAUUUGAAUGAAACACAGAGGGCUUAUUCACACUUCCCUUUUGCCCUGCCCCGCUCUUUGCAGACACAGGUUUAUGCGUAAAAGUUCAGUGCCUCUGGAUCUUUCCCUGCGAAAACCUGCUCUUUAGCACUUUUCUAAAGCAAACACCAAUUUGGGUUUUCCGCAGAUUUACAUUUACUCCAAUUGAGCGUUAAAGAGCAGGUUUUUGCAGAAAAAGCUUUGCAGCAAAAAGAAGGUUGUGUGCGCUUGCUUGGACACAGAGUUUUAAAGGGCGGAGUGUGGAUAAGCCCUAAGCCACAAACCAUGGUUAUACAAAUUACACACAGCUUGAACACUCCUGCUUUGCUCUUCUCUUCCUCCAGUGGGAAACAAUCUAUGGAGCUGUUGGCUUAGGGCAGGACCUGAGUGCAACAGUGCUACUCCCCACUUGUGAUUCAGAGGUAUACUGGCUUCAGUACUGGAGGUAGUACGUGAACAUCAUUAGGCCUGGGUGAAAUAUCAAUACAUCACCCAGGACUGGUAUGAGAGGCAGACCACGAUGGUGGCUUCACCCGGUGGUAUAUCGCAGGUGAAACUGAUGCCACUCCUGAAUUCCUCUGCUACCAGUGCCACUUUCAACAUUGGGCCGCUGGUAGCAGAGGGACUCAGGAUCAGUGGCGGUUUCACCUGCAAUAUACUGUCAGGUGAAGCUGCUAUCACUCCGCCUUUCAUACCACAGAGGGAGGAGUGAGCUGUAUUGCCAGGCCAAUACAGCUUGUUCCUCCUUUGGCUUCUUUAAACUUGUCCCCAGCUGAGCAAGCAAGCUAGAAGCAUAGGGCUUGCUCAGCUGGGGGCGGGACAGGAGCAGUUUAAUGCUCAGCUGGGGAGGGGGAGCUUUCCCACCCCCCAGCUGAGCCUCGUAAAAAAGCCUCACAAAAAAGUUGUCACAGCUUGUGAGGCACUGGGGUGAAAGCGUCUCUGCUCUCAUGGUGAGAGCUGCGGCAGUUUCACCCCACACCUCACUGUAUCCAGUAGUAAGGUAAAGGGACCCCUGACCAUUAGGUCCAGUCGUGACCAACUCUGGGGUUGUGGCACUCAUCAUGCUUUAUUGGCCAAGGGAGCCGGCGUACAACUUCUGGGUCAUGUGGCCAGCAUGACUAAACCACUUCCGGCGAACCAGAGCAGCUCACGGAAACACCGUUUACCUUCCCACCGGAGCGGUACCUAUUUAUCUACUUGCACUCUGACGUGCUUUUGAACUGCUAAGUUGGCAGGAGGUAUCCAGUAGUAGCAAGAUCUAAAUUUUAAUUACGUGCUCUGCAAAGAUGUACUUAGUUUUGUCUUGACUCUGAACAUUCAGGGGAUGAGAUGUCACACUGAGCUUCAGAGGAACUUGGAAACAUGUAGAGAUCUUUCACUUCUGUGUGCCUCUGAAGUUCAUCAUGCUGUUGGGAGGAUGCCCUCUCUGGGGGGAGAGGCAGAGUUGGUGCAGCUCCCAAUAAUGGUUGGCUACCAUGUCUGUGGGCUCCUGCUUCUGACCACCAGCCUUGGCAACUCUCCUUCACUUUCUUUGCUCUUCUUUUGGACAGUUACUACCUUGUCCCCCACAGUCUGCUCCCUGACCCCCAGUCGGACAGCGGUGGGAGCAGGGGGCACCACCCUCAACUCGGUCACGCCACCCCCAAGCAACAGCACAAACCCCAGCCCCCAGAGCAGCAGUCACCCAGCUAUCAGCUUGCAAGGCCUGAAUCCCAGUACGGGGUAAGUGGUGUGGGAGAGAAAGGUCUUUGGGGGGGGGGUUCAGCUUCCUCAAUGGUUGGACUGUGGGAGAAGAGGUUUGAUCCUGGCUAGGCUCACACCAUUAGAGGAAGGGGGCCUUGGGGGACAGAACCCAAACAGUACGGGAAUUAGAACUCACCUGAAAUAAUAGACUCUCCAUAAAACAAUGUCUCACACGUCAUUUUAAGCUACCUUCUGGACCCAUUUCGAACAGGUGAUUGUGGGGGUGGGUGGGUGGCACUCUAGUGUUAGCACUGUAGAUCCCCAACUUUAACCUGCUGCCUCUGGUUUGAUUUCAGAAGCACAGUGCUAGGGGUGAAUGCAGGGUUAAACCCAGCGCUAAUGGCCACCAACCCGCUGGCCACCAUACAAGGUUUGUGAAAAAGAAGAUCAGACAUGAUGUCAUCACUGCCAUUUGCUCCACUGGCCUGUCUGUACAAGAGUGUGUGGGUGUGGGUGAGAGAGAGAGAGAAGAAAAAGUGUGUGUAUGUGAACAAAUACACACAGAAGGAAUACAUAAACCCGAAACACAGCCAUUCUUCAAAACUGAUUACGUAUUAGGAGAAAUUCACACUAAAACAUUGGUGAAUUUUCAUGAGGAUUUUUUUUUAAAAUAAAUAAAUCACAAACUAAUGUGGAAAGCUGAAUUUAAGAUUGGGAAAAUGAGAGACAGAGAAAUUGGCAUAUUCACUCAUUCGUAUUCUCAACAGGUGGCAGCAUUGAGCCAACCAUGAAUUUCUCUGCCCACUUCUUUCAGUUUACCCGUGUUGUCUGCUCACUGAGGUCAUCAUAUGGCACAGGGUCUGUGAUGUAAAACUCUGUGUCCAAGGCUGAAGUCCAACAUCCUGUUCCCCACAGUGACCAGCCAGAAAUCACACUUGUAGAAGUGCCUAAAACCAGCCUGUAAAACUGGUUACCCACCAUGCCCAAUGCAGUCAUGCACGAUGGCUUAUCAGAGACUCAUUGAAACCAGUUUUUAAUACAGUGGUGCCUCACAAGACGAAAUUAAUCCGUUCCACGAGAGUCUUCGUCUAGCGGUUUUUUCGUCUUGCGAAGCAAGCCCAUUGACGGAUUAGCGCUAUUAGCGCUAUUAGCGGUUUAGCGGCUAUUAAAGGCUUAAAGGCUUAGGGGAUUAGCUGCUAAAAGGCUAUUAAAGGCUAUUAAAGGCUUAGCAGAUUAGAUAAAGGGGGUGGAAAGCGGAUAGAAUUUCUCAAGACUCGCACGAUAUUAUCGUCUUGCGAAGCAAGCCCAUAGGGGAAUUCGUCCUGCGAAGCAACUUCAAAACGGAAAACCCUUUCGUCUAGCGGUUUUUCCGUCUUGCGAGGCAUUCGUCUUGCGGGGCACCACUGUACCUGCUUAGAACUACAAAAAUGGGAUUGUCAAGCCCAUGGCGCAUCACUGGUGUGCCUGUGUUUUGCCUUGAUGGGUUACAGAUUGAGCAGAUAAAGCUGUCUUGCCCUGAAUCAAACCCCUGGUCUGUCUAGCCCAGGGCUGUCUAUUCAACAGCAGCUCCUAUAGGAUUCAAACAGGGUUCUUUCAGCCCUGUGAUCCUUUUAGAUGGAGAUGCAGGGCAUUGAAACUGUGUCCUUCUGUAGGCAAGGCAUGCAUUGGGCCCAUCCCCAUGUGCAGGCCUGUCUUUAAAAACGCCUCCCCCUCUAUGAUUUCAAGCAUGAAACAUUUGAGUCUAGGUGAAAGUGUAUGUGAGAUGCUGCUGUGCAAAUGUCGUGCGGAUGCGCAUGAGUGCAACAGGUCAGUGGAGUCCCUCAGAACCUCCUCUCAUUCCUGUUGAGGUCUCUUCUCCAUCCCAUCCCUUAGCUUACCUAUGGUAGAAAGCAUCCUACUUCAUAACAUCCGUCUGUAACAUUGCACCUGCUAAUCAUCUGUGCUCACCCUUCCCGCCACACACCAUGUGUCUUUUUCUAUGUGAAACGUGCUGGGGGAGGGAGACGGUGAUGUGGAGCUGUGGUUGGGAGCAGGUGUUGUUUGAACUGCGGCUGUGCUGAAAUGUGCUGCUGCCAUUUUGUCAUGGUGGGGGGCCUUGGAGGCUCCUGAGAAAUUAACGAGUGGUCUGAUGAGAGAUGACCCCCGCAUCAACACAUCAAGAGGAGAGCCACAGCGCUAAUGCAAUUCCUCUGGGCCCAUUGCAUGCUGGAGGCUGGGAUAGCUCAGUCGGAAGAACAGGAGACCCUUAGUCUCAGGGUUGUGGGUUUGAACCCCACGUUGGGCAAAAAAGUCCCGCAUUGCAGGGGUGUUAUGUACUGAGUUGAAUAGGAUCCAAAAGGCAGCAGUCUGAUUGGUCCUAGAACAAUAGGAUUCAGAAUGCAGCCAUCUGAUUGGUCCUAGAACAAUAGGCUUCAGAAUGCAGCAGUCUGAUUGGUCCUAGAACAAUAGGAUUCAGAAUGCAGCAGUCUGAUUGGUCCUAGAACAAUAGGAUUCAGAAUGCAGAGGUCUGAUUGGUCCUAGAACAAUAGGAUUCAGAAUGCAGCAGUCUAAUUGGUCCUAGAACAAUAGGCUUCAGAAUGAGGCAGUCUGAUUGGUGCUAGAACAAUAGGGUCCAGAAUGCAGCAGUCUGAUUGGUCCUAGAACAAUAGGAUUCAGAAUGCAGCAGUCUAAUUGGUCCUAGAACAAUAGGAUUCAGAAUGCAGCAGUCUGAUUGGUCCUAGAACAAUAGGAUUCAGAAUGCAGCACACUGAUUGGUGCUAGAACAAUAGGGUCCAGAAUGCAGCAGUCUGAUUGGUCCACAGGAGCCACCCAAUCCUGCUCCAGGUGGAAGUGAAUCCGCAACCUCCGAGUAUAUUUCAAGGGGGUUGGACUAGAUGACCCCCGUGGUCUCUUCCAAAUCUACGCUUCUACGUUUCGACGAUUCUGUGACCAGAAGCCGCUGGCAUCAUGCUGGCGCACAUGCGCCCUAACUGCUGUUCUUUCCCCCUCCUCCUUUGCAGCAUUGGCCAGUGGUGGAAGCCUGCCAAUUACCAGCCUUGAUGCCAGUGGUAACUUGGUCUUCAGUACCAGCGGAGGCACGACUGGAAGCCAGAGCAUCGUGACUUCGUCGCUCUUCCUCAACCAUGCAGGCCUGCCCUUGCUGAGUGCUGCCCCGGGAGGCGUGGGGCUGGUGUCGGCGGCGGCUGCUGCUGUGGCUGCCUCCAUGCCCAGCAAGUCGCCCACCCUGACCUCCUCCUCUUCUUCCUCCUCUUCCUCCUCCUCCUGUUCCUCAUGCAGCUCCUCCAGUGAAGUGGCGCAGACUCUGGGGCAGGCUGGUCCCGGAUCCACCGAGCCGGAUGCCAAGACGGAAUGAGGGCUGAGGGGGGAGCAUCCUCCCCGCCUUCUCGACACGUGGGGGUAGUAAGGAGCGGACGUACAAACCGACGAGUGAAACCAAAAAAAAAAAAAAACCAAACAAAGAAUUGUCAGCAACAGCCAAACGAAAAACCAACCAAAAAAUAACCCAAAGCAACCAAACAAGCAAAGCAAAAAGGGACAAAGGAAGAAACCAAAAAGAAUUCCCCAAACUUUUAGCGUUUAUUUUUUUUCCUUUUUUCUUUUUCCCCUCCGAUGUUCAGGACAAAAUGCCUUGCAAAAGGUGACUUUGUCAAUUGUUUGCUUGAAUUAUUUUCAUUGAUUUCUCUUUAUUUCUUAUUCGCUAGUUUCCUGGACAGUUUCAGAAAGGAAACAAAUAAACGGGGAUCGGUUGUUCUUUUUUUUUUUUAAGAAAAAGAAAAAAAGAAAAAACACAUUCAAAAUCCUUAAGGGGAAAAUGAAUCUCACACCAAAAAUCACCAGUCCUAGCUUCACCCAAAGCUUUUUACAGACUUUUCUAACUUCUGUGUCUGGUCGAAUGUCUUUCAAAACUCUUAUUUAUUCUUAUUUAUUCUUUUACUUUUCUUUGGGAUCUAGAAAGGGUUGGACAGGGUGGGGGUAUAUUGGUUUAAUUUCAGGAUCUUGCUAUAAAUAUUUUCCUUUUCCUUUUUAAAAUGCUAAAAUAAUAUCCUUUUCUGCUGUGUUUUUCGGAACAAACUUUAUAGUUUAGAGGGAUUCGAAGGCUAGGAUUUUCAAAAGGCAAUAGUGAGAAUUAGGUACCAACUUCCCAUGAUGGUUUCCUAACUGAUGUCCUGCAAUGAUGAUGAUUAUUAUUCUUUUGCAUCUCUGCUUCUACCUGACUCAGCCUUGCAAUGAACUAAAAAAACACACCCAAGAACCUCUAGACCACAGCAUCCUUUGACCAGCUUGCUUGCCAAUGCAUUCCUACAUAUAUAGCCAUUUCUGGCUUGAAAGGAGAGCUGGUGGUGGUGGGGAAACUGCUCCCUGUCUAUUUCCUUACCUCUGAUUCUGAUUCAUCAUAAGGCCAGAGUAUCUUGUGCCUGGGUGAGAACUCUGUGCCCCUUCAAUGGUUGCUGUACUACAUCUCCCAUCAUCCCUGAGCAUUGGCCAUGCUUGCUGGAGCUGAUGGGAGCUGGAGUCCAGGAACAUUUGGAAGGCCACAGUUUCCCCAUCCUGAUCUAGUAUAUCGAGUGCAGAUGGAGGAGCCUAGGCUUUGCCCUCUCCCUGUUACCCCACUGAGGACGGAAUGAAUUGCAUCCAUUCAGGAGUAAGCUUAUUAGUAACACCUGGGUUACUCACAGGGUACAAAAUGUAAAAACUCAUGUCUUUGCAAGACAAGAAGCCUUAUUGAAAGUCUCAGCCUUCAACUGUUUCGGGAUGGGCAGCACUAAACGUGUACGUUUUGUUUUAUCGGCUUUUUCUUUCUUUCGCCAGUGUUCAAUUUUUCUGUAGCUUUUCUUUUCUAAAUUGAUUUUUGCCUGGGGUUAGUAUCAGGGGUUAUUUUUCUGAAAACAGGGGAUGUGUAAUUUUUAUUCUUAUUCUUUUUAUUUUUAUAUCUGUGUUCUGAAAAAAAAAAUAAUACUCAUAUUCCAGUGCCUGACAAAAACCAAACCAAAACAAAAAAAACGGGAAUUUCAGCAUUCUUUACAUUUUCCAGAAAAAAAACCAAAAAUUGAUAGACAUCACUACAGAAAACAACAAGAUGAAGACCACUGGGGAAUAAAAAUGAAACCACAGAAGAGGGAUAAAAAUCCCCCCUUUUAUGUGGCUCACAGAGACUCGGAGGCGAGAGACAAAACUUUUAACCAAAAAGAACCAACCAAGUGAACAAAGGAAGCGUACAACAAAAAAAACCCACCACACAAAAAACUUUUAAUUGAAGAAGAAAGGAUGAAAAAAAUACGUGGGAAUAAAUGGGAAAUCUUUACUUUCUCUGGUUAGACAAAUGGCUCAACCGUCUUUCUCUGUCCUGAAAAAAAAAAUACCUCAUGGAAAGGUGCGUUGAGAAGCCAAGAUUUUAUAAGUGGCAAAGAGACAAAAUAAAUAAAAGUAAAACGAACCAAAUCAAUGGAAGUUGGGAGGGUGAGAUCAGAGGAUCCUGAAACUUCCUCCCAGAAGUCUAGAAAGCUUUAAAAAUGGCUUCUCAAAACGCUCUUUUUAUUUUUUUGUUUUUAAACUUUUAUUUUGUACAUUUUUUGUUGGUUUCCUUUAUUUUAUUUUUUAAAAAACUGGUUGGUUUGGGAUUUUAUUUCUAAAUGUGUUUGAGGGGUGUUUUUUUUUAGUCAAUGUUUUGGGGGCUCUUUGAAUGUUCGUCUUUUACUUUCAACUCCUGCGAACCAAAGUCUUGCUGUUGCAGAGAAGGAAGUUAGCCAUGGCAUACUGCGAUCUGGUAGAAAACAAAAAACCAAACAAAAGGACAGAGUGGAAAAAAAGAUAAACAAGCAAACAAACAAAAAAAGAACUUUGAAACCUUUCUUAAAGGGAAAAAAAACCCUCGACCUCAUUUUAUCUCCUGCUUUUGCUGUGUUAUAGCGUUCAGGUGGGUUUGAGAUAACAAAAGAAAAAAAAAUACUGUGAAACUUUCCAAAAAUGAAACAAACAAACAAAAAACAGGAAACACCUAGUUUUAAAAGACUUGAAAAAAAAGUUUUUCAUCCCAUUAUGUGCGUGAGUGAGAGAGAACCAGCGAGUAUUUAUCUGUCUCUUUUAAGAUUCCAAUCAUGCUAUUAUGGUGGACAUCUGGGGAAAAAAGAAGGAAAAACAUUUGGGGAGUCCAAUUUCUCUCUCUCUCUCAUGUGCUACUGAACGUGUUACUAGGUGGAAUGUAACUGUUUUAGUGAUAUUUGUUACUCUUUCUUUCUUUUUUUCUUUUUUUGGGGAAAAAAAUUCUUUUGGGGGGUAUCUUCUAUUUUUUUUUUAUAGAGAAAAUUCUAUGUUCCGCUUUAUCGCUUCUUACUGUAUUAAAAAAAAGACAAAAAAACAAACAAACGCUAAAGGUUUGCAACAAAAAAAGAUAAAAAAGGGAAAAAAACUAAACAAAAAAUCAACAAAAAAAGAAACAAAAACCAAAACGUGUUUUUUUAAAAAAAUUGAUUCUAGACCAAAAAUGACCCUAUCUCCAUGUGCGGAGCUGAGCGGUGGGUGAAUGGCAUGGAGGGGAAACAGCCAAGAUAUAUAGGGCAAGCAAAGGGUGAUGGAAAGUUGGAAAGGUUGCUUAGAACCUGGAGAGAGGCGUUUCCUUUUUCAGAGAGUUGAAAGGGGAAUGACAGAGUGGUGAUGUGGGCAUUCUUCCCUCUCUCUGCCUUCAGAAACCAGCCGGCUGUUUGACCAGAGGCAAUAGUGGGGCAAGAGAAACAGAGUGAGUGAUGCUGCCUGUCUCAAAUCACUUUCAACUCUUUUUUUAAAAACAACAACAACGACCGGCUCUCUCCAGUUUUAGGAGUUGGAUAUAUGGGAGGUUGUGAAUUUUGCAACUGCGGACUCAAGCCAGAGGGGUACCCCCACUUCUUCCCUCACCCCCAAAUUGGAGACUGUAAACGAGGACUAAAUGCAGAGUUAUCGCUAGCCUGGGGAGGGAAAUUUUGUUUUGGUUGGUCCAGAGGAAAACUACAUGGGAAUCAUUUCAGAUUUGACCACCGGUCUUGUGGGGCAGGAUGGUUCGCUGUGUCUCCGUAGCCAUCCUUGCCUCUCUAGUCCACAUACUCCCCCCCCCCAAUGGCUGGUAAGAGAAAACAGGCGCGAGAUGCCAGGCUGCCCUCUAUGAAAAGCUGCCACAUCUCUCUGUUCCGCCAACCUCCCACGCUCCUAGGAGUUUCAGAACGAGGAAGGAAACAAGCUUUAAAGUACAGCUGUAAAACCAAAUAUUUGCUCACACGCCUCCGUGCCGGUGCCCGACCCAGGGUUGGGGGGGCACAAGGGAGGGGGGCAGGCUAGACCCCCUCCCUCCCCUCAUAGUGCCAAGACACCCACCAUAAGGCUCUUUGGAGAUAGCCCGCCAUAUACCUCAUAUACUUUAAUGAUAAACCAAAUAGAAAAGCUUUAUUAAGGGUGUGUGCCGGACGGGUCUGUUUGGGGCGGUGGGGAUCAGGGGCAGCAUCCUCUCUCACCCCCAGGAGGGAAAUCAGGAGGACGGCCCAGGCCCCCAAAAAGGUGAUCCAUUCCCUUAAAACCUUGGCGUCCUUUUACGGAGACUCUUUUCCCACUGUGUUGGAAGAGGAGACUCGGCCGCUUGGGUAAAAGAGGUGUCGGAAUUGUCGUGGGGGCUAAAUGAAUCUCAGUGGGCCUUGUUUACAUAAAGCGGGUUCUGCCCUAAUAUAACGGGGGCUUUUGCACCGGGGUUAAUUGCAGGACAGCUAUGGUGCCAGAACCUCCACUCGGGCGCCAUCCGACAUCCAACGCAAAUUCUUGACCGUAGAUCCCACUGAAGGCUCCAUGGAGCAUCUCUCCCUUCCUGUCCUCCUGACUUCUUCUCCUGGGUGCUUGUUAGGUCCUCGGUGGCCCGUAUCUGGGUCACGAGAGAAGGAAACCUCAUGAGGCGCUUCUAUACCAGGGAGGGUGUCUGUCACAUUUUGAUAGCCCUGGAAGAGUGGGUCAAAUGGGCUGACCUUUGCAUGAGGGAUGCUGCUCCAGCCCCCGACUCCCUUACCACCACCACCCCAACAAGACUGGCCUGUUGCUGUAGCCAACCCGGGAGCAGUGGAAAAAUCGUGUGAUAACUUUGCCAAAGGUAGUUAGUUCCUAGUAUUCAAUUUUUAUUUUUAUUUUAAUUUUUAAAUCUUCCGGGGUCUGAUCCUGUCUCGUUAAUUUAUUUGUAACUGUGGGGCUUAGAAGUGACUUGAAAAAAAAAUUAAUAAUGAUGAUGAUGAU